CAGGGUCCACCUACAGUGUUUUGUCCACCAUGCCGUCUGACUCUGAAAGCAGCAGUUCCCUCAGCAGCAUAGGUGAGUCUGGAAUGGUUGAUCUCUUUUGGCAGUAGUAGGGGGGCAAAAUUCCCAGGUUUGCCAGAAACUCAAGUUGUAAUAUUCCUGGAAUCAAGCAGGAAUAAACAGGAAAUCCGGAAUCCUCUAACCAGGAUUUCUGGAACAAUCCUGUAGUUGUAUGAAUGUUUGAAUAUAAAUGUGUUGUUCUUACGGCUUAGGAAGCUAGGUGAAUGUGGUCCAGAGAACUGGCUAACCAGCCAGACAGCAUGCUAUUUCUGACUUUCAGUCAGCACAAACAAGUGAUUACACAGAUGUGAAAGGAUUUACAAAGGCAACCCACCAACCCCCCGGAAUGGUUUUCAUUGAGCCAUUCUCUCUCUGAGGGAGAGGGAUAUACCUGUGUCCCAAAUGGCACCCUAUUCUGUACAUGGUACACUACUUUUGACCAGAGCCCUAUGGGGCCUGGUCAAAAGUAGUGCACUAUAUAGGGAAUGAGGUGUCAUUUGGGUGGACGCCAGAGGGAUUGCCCUGCAGAGCAGAGCCGAGCUACUGAAAGAGGGGUGCAGGACUCUGUUGUGGUGGUUGUUGUUUUCUUUAGUCAGGGGAAUAAUCAGUGGCCCAGAAAGAAAACAUAUAGCAGUGUUUUAUUUAUAUCAACACUGCAACAUAGGCCCAUUGAUUUAAUGAAUUGAGGCAUGGCUGGAGUGUUGGACUGAUUACACUCACAAAACAGGACAAGUCAAUGGUUAAAGGGGUAAUCUGGGAUUGUUUCAUCCAUUUUUGGACUUUUAAAUUGAUGGUAUAUAGCCAUUGGUUCUUAAAGACUUCAGCUCCUAACUGCCUCAUGAGCUUAGUUAAAAAAACAGUGGCGCGGUGACCGCUUUGUUAUUGUUUAAAUCCCAGGUUGUCCCUUUAAACAUAGUCAUGAAGACCUCAUGUGUCACAUUUUGCUGCUUUGUUGAUUAUUGUUGUCACAUUAUUCAUAAUAACGAUGUGCCAAUUUACUUUGGAUUGUUUGGCUUAUGGAUUUAAUGAAGUAUGACACAAGUGCUCUGUCUCAAUUGGUGCCUCAAGACAUGUGGAGAUCUGAGAGGAUUUGAUAAAUAAACAAUAUACACUGCUCAAAAAAAUAAAACAUCCUAGAUCGGAAUGAAUGAAAUAAUCUUAUUAAAUACUUUUUUCUUUACAUAGUUGAAUGUGCUGACAACAAAAUCACACAAGAAUUAUCAAUGGAAAUCAAAUUUAUCAACCCAUGGAGGUCUGGAUUUGGAGUCACUCUCAAAAUUAAAGUGGAAAACCACACUACAGGCUGAUCCAACUUUUAUGUAAUGUCCUUAAAACAAGUCAAAAUGAGGCUCAGUAGUGUGUGUGGCCUCCACGUGCCUGUAUGACCUCCCUACAACGCCUGGGCAUGCUCCUGAUGAGGUGGCGGAUGGUCUCCUGAGGGAUCUCCUCCCAGACCUGGACUAAAGCAUCCGCCAACUCCUGGACAGUCUGUGGUGCAACGUGGCGUUGGUGUAUGGAGCAAGACAUGAUGUCCCAGAUGUGCUCAAUUGGAUUCAGGUCUGGGGAACGGGCGGGCCAGUCCAUAGCAUCAAUGCCUUCCUCUUGCAGGAACUGCUGACACACUCCAGCCACAUGAGGUCUAGCAUGGUCUUGCAUUAGGAGGAACCCAGGGCCAACCGCACCAGUAUAUGGUCUCACAAGGGGUCUGAGGAUCUCAUCUCGGUACCUAAUGGCAGUCAGGCUACCUCUGGCGAGCACAUGGAGGGCUGUGCGGCCCCCCAAAGAAAUGCCACCCCACACCAUGACUGACCCACCGCCAAACCGGUCAUGCUGGAGGAUGCUGCAGGCAGCAGAACGUUCUCCACGGCGUCUCCAGACUCUGUCACGUCUGUCACAUGUGCUCAGUGUGAACCAGCUUUCAUCUGUGAAGAGCACAGGGCGCCAGUGGCGAAUUUGCCAAUCUUGGUGUUCUCUGGCAAAUGCCAAACGUCCUGCACGGUGUUGGGCUGUAAGCACAACCCCCACCUGUGGACGUCGGGCCCUCAUACCACCCUCAUGGAGUCUGUUUCUGACCAUUUGAGCAGACACAUGCACAUUUGUGGCCUGCUGAAGUUCAUUUUGCAGGGCUCUGGCAGUGCUCCUCCUGCUCCUCCUUGCACAAAGGCGGAGGUAGCAGUCCUGCUGCUGGGUUGUUGCCCUCCUACGGCCUCCUCCACGUCUCCUGAUGUACUGGCCUGUCUCCUGGUAGCGCCUCCAUGCUCUGGACACUACGCUGACAGACACAGCAAACCUUCUUGCCACAGCUCGCAUUGAUGUGCCAUCCUGGAUGAGCUGCACUACCUGAGCCACUUGUGUGGGUUGUAGACUCCGUCUCAUGCUACCACUAGAGUGAAAGCACCGCCAGCAUUCAAAAGUGACCAAAACAUCAGCCAGGAAGCAUAGGAACUGAGAAGUGGUCUGUGGUCACCACCUGCAAAACCAGUCCUUCAUUGGGGGUGUCUUGCUAAUUGCCUAUAAUUUCCACCUGUUGUCUAUUCCAUUUGCACAACAGCAUGUGACAUUUAUUGUCAAUCAGUGUUGCUUCCUAAGUGUUGUUUAAGUGUUCCCUUUAUUUUUUUGAGCAGUGUAGUUAUAGCUCCACCUAGGUGGAUGUAAGUCUCACCACACUGCUUAUACAAAUCAAAUCCUCAGAUCUCCAGAAAUGCAUAGGGCAGGGAGUAGGGUUUCGGGUUUCGGGGUGGAUUUGGGAUGGGGCCGUAAUGUCGGUGUAAGGGCCCUAGCCAUCAGUGACAGUCUGACUGUGACAGGUACCACGGGUCAAGCCUCGUCCCCUCCUCCGGCCCACAUGGAGAAACGCCACGGUCAAAUGAGUGAGAAGAUGGAGGCGGUUCUGUUCCAGCUGAGACAGGUGACCCGCGAGAGGGACGAGCUACGUAAACGCCUGGCCCUGUCCUCGCCCGGCACCACCUUCGAUGACUGCAGGUACAGUAGCACUCACGGUAGAGACAGAACCGCUAUAGAUACUGCAGUUACAGUACUCUACACCAAUGGUUCCCAAACUGUGGGCCGCCCCCUGGUGGGUUGGGGUCUACAAAUUUGUUGGAUGCAUUUUCUGUUUGUUUUGGUUGUAUUUCAGAUUAUAGAAAUAGAAAUUCAUGGUAAAUAAUGUAUUGUGAUAUUUUGGAGUCACUUUUAUUGUAAAUAAGAAUAUAAUAUGUUUCUAAACACUUCUACAUUAUUGUAGAUGCUACCAUGAUAACGGAUAGUCCUGAAUUAAUCGUGAAUAAUGAUGAGUGAGAAAGUUACAGACUCACAAAUAUCAGACCCCCAAGACAUGCUAACCUCUCACCAUUACAAUAAUAGGGGAAGUUAGCAUUUGGGGGGUAUGAUGUAGAAGUGUUUAGAAACAUAUUCUAUUCUUAUUUACAGUAAAAGUGACUCCAAAAUAUCACAAUACAUUAUUUACCAUUCAUUUCUAUUUAGCACAAAAUAAUCUGAAACACAACAAACAGAAAAUGCCUCCAACAGUUUGUGUCAUGAACUGUGCUUUUGCGCGCAGGAUGUUCCCCAAUGCUGGAAGGGUGAAGGUCUGAGUGAAGAAGUUUCGGAACCCUUGCCCUACGCUAUAUACAACCCUCACUAUAGACAGAGUCUGGCCUUCACCUGGGACCACCUUCGAUGGGGAUGGUCACGCUUAUUCCAAUAUAAUAAGAGACAGAACAGCUAUAUCGACUGUAGGUACAGUAUAUAACCUGGCUAUGUACUCGCCUGACAUCACUUAGAACCGUUAUAUACAGAUACUCAGCCAACAGAUAACAUGCUCACCAGGGAUGGCCACCCUUUUAUUCGUCCUAAGUGACUCUACCGCUAGAAGCAAAGUGAAGUCAAAGCAAAAAAAGGAGACGCAAAAUGGGAUCCACAUUUUGUGAGCUCAGUAACUCUGUUAAAACAUUAAACAAGAGUCUAUGUAUUUUGAAUGAAUCUACUCUUCCCCACCUCUCUCAUAACAAACGGUCACACCAUACUGUUCUGCACUUUAAUCUGCUCCUGGGGUCUUGAUUCUGAUGCGUCACUCUUUUCUGUCAUCUCUCGUGUGUGCCUGUGUGUGUGUGUGUGUGUGUGUGUGUGUGUGUGUGUGUGCGUGCGUCUAUCCAUUUGUGUGUGUGUGUGUGUGUGUGUGAACCAGGCCCAACUCCAAGUCAGGCCACGACUACGAGCGUCUGAAGCUGCAGUGUAUGAAGGCCAUGGCAGACCUGCAGUCCUUACAGAACCAACACAGCACAACACUGAAGAGAUGUGAGGAGGCUGUGAAGAAAGCUGACUUCUACCAGUGAGUGGUACACACACACACACACACACACACACACACACACACACACACACACACACACACACACACACACACACACACACACACACACACACAGACAGACAGACAGACAGACAGACAGACCGACCAACACCCUUCUCUAAUCUACCAGUGAGUGUUACACACAUACACACACACACUUUUCUAAUCUACCAGUGAGUGGAGUGCAGACCUGGGUUCAAAUACUAUUAGAAAUAUUUCAAAUGCCUUGUGCAUUCGCUUUAGCUUGCCUGGAGUGCCAGGUGGUUGGGGUUAGCUCGCAACAGGCGAGCUCAUUCAAGCCCACCUAAAGUUUUUGACAGUAUUUCACAUAGUAUUUAAAUCCCGGUCUGUAGUGAAGUGCAUGGGAGUGGUUGGAGUCCAUAAAUAUUUUAGCGUUCUCCCAGCGCAUUUAUGUUGCAUGCUCUGAAUUACUCCUAUUCUCACAAUCAGGCGGUGUAAUGGAUGGAUGGGCUUUUAACCUGUGUUUGUCCCUCUUAUGAGAUCUGUGCGGCAGAUUGCACAGAACAUUUUUUCCCGAGGGGUAAGAGGUCAACCAAUCCUGUGUCCCAUUCCAAAUGCUCUUGCUCAGUUAAACCAUUAUCCCAGUACUUUGACACCAGGGAUUUUAAAAAUCAAAGUGAGCAGAGCCACUGCUUUUCUGUCAGAAAGAUCAGAUCAUGAUUGUUCUAGUCUGUGUCGUAAAUGGCAACUUAUUCCCUUUUUAGUGUACUACUUUUGACAAGGACCCAUAGGGUGCCCUGUGUAGGGAAUAGGGUACCAUUUGGGAUGCACACCUUGUCUCUUUUGUAUGAAGGUUUAGGUAGACAAUGAAAUCAGCCUACACAACCACAGAAAUAAAAUCGAUUUCUGUCCUUAAUUUCACUCUCUAAAGCUUCUAAACACCAUUAUGAUGUUUUGAAUCCUGUCUAGUGCAGAAUUAGAUCCCUUUGUCUGGUAUAUUAAUAUUUAACAUUGUUUUAUGUACUUUAUCAUUUGCCAUUUUAUACAGUUUUGGCAGGCAAUGUCAAGCAAAGUGUUCAAACCACCAGCACUAACUGGAGGUUGAACUGCAAGAAUUGAGGAUUCUGCACUUGCCUCUUCCAUUGACAAUCGUGAAUGUGGGAAUGGGUGCUAUCCUCAUUGAAUGUCAAUUUGCCUGACAGUUGUGAUACCCGUUCAUCAUAAUCCAUUCCAACUCAUGGCACAACAAGCUUAAUACCAAUAUAGAAUUAUACUAUAAAGUCUAAAAAAUGUGAAUUACCCACAAUCCAAGUCACAUGGCAAGAUAGGAAAUGCAAGAUGAUUAAAACCACAGGCUUCUAAUGAGUUCAAUCACCCAAUGUUCUCUCUCUGGUUAUCCUCAUAAAAUAUACUUACAUUUUGAGCAACAUAUUAAGUUGGAUUCAUUAUACAUUCUUUUGGUAAAAUGAAAUCAACAAAUCAUUGAACGACUUGCAUUAUUUUUAUUUUGUAAGAUAUUUUUGACACUUUAUUGAGACAGUUCUGAAAUGACAGAGGAGAUAGAGAUAGGUGGUGGAAACAGAUUGAAGGGUUGGAGCGGGGAAUUUAACCCCGAUCUUCGUGACAUGUAUCGAAGCUGGGUGCGUUAACGCUAGACCACGGGCUCUGCAUUCAUUUUUUAUUAAGUAUAUGUUUAUUUUAUUUUUUUUGGUCAAUUUCAAUUCAGCCCAGAAUAAUUUCUUACAGUGUGGCUGUGAGGUUGAGGUUGAAAUGUACCAUUUUACAGCCCCUCCUGUUUCUAAUCUGUCUAAAUAAAGCAUUGAAAAAAAUAUAUAUUCUCCAGAGGCCCUUAUCAUCUAUUAAUAUUUAGGAUAUAAACCAUUUGCAUUUCUAAACCAUUGAAAGGGAAAGGAAAGGGAGAUACCUAGUCAGUUGUACAACUGAAUGCAUUCAACUGAAAUGUGUCUUCCGCAUUUAACCCAACCCCAUAUGAGAAAACACAGUUUUUGUGUUUUGAUGCUACCUUUUACAUGCACUGAACCCCCUGUUUUCACAACACUCUCUUAAAAACACCAAUAUUCAGAUUGAAUAACCACUUUGGGUGUUUCAGAGUACUUCAUUUCUGUUUUAAAACACAUUCUGUGUAUUAAAAACACUUACAUUGGGUUUACAUUUAAACACCAGAUCUCAGCAUAGGUGUCACACCCUGGCUAUGGGACUCUAGUUGUUGAGCCAGGGUGUGUUUGUUCUAUGUGGUGUGUUUCUAUGUUGGGGGUUCUAGUUCGUCUAUUUCUAUGUUUUGCCUGCGUGACUCCCAAUCAGAGGCAACGAGUGUCAGCUGUUGGCUGGUUGUCUCUGAUUGGGAGCCAUAUUUAAACUGUCUGUUUUCCCUUUGUGUUUGUGGGUUUUUGUUCCGUGAUUGGUGUAUGUAACCAGGGACGUCACGGUUUUGUUUUGUUGUUUUGAUCGUGUGAUCAUUUAUUAAAUAAAGAAUAUGUUUGCCUUCAACGCUGCGCCUUGGUCCUCCUCCUUAGACGAUCGUGACAGAAAAACCCACCAAAACUGGACCAAGCAGCGUGAAGAGGAGAGAGGAAGGACUUGGGAUCGAUGGAGUAGGGGUCUCGACUGGGCUAAGCCGAGUGAAGAGCAGAGAGGGUGGACUUGGGAACAGUGGAGGAAGAGUCUCGACUGGGUCAAGCCUAAUGAAGAGCAGAAUGGCUGGAGUUGGAGGCAGAAGAGCGAGAGUUGGGCGAAAACUAUAGAGGCCUGGCCCACGGGGAGGAGAGACCCCCAGAAUUUUUUUAGGGGGGGGCUCACGACGUCGGGGCAGCAGGAGGCCGCGAUAGAGCGGUCCAGCGGGUUGGCAGAGGAGGCCGCCAUGUUAAGGGGGCCACUGGUCACUAAGGGGAAGGAAAGUGUGGAGGCACGGCGAGAGGUACUGGGGUGUGUUACCAGUCCGGUCCGUUCCUGAUCCCCGCGUAGGGCCAGGGGUGUGUGUCCCCAGUGCGGUCCGGUCUGUUCCUGUUCCUCGCAUCGAGCCUGUGGUGCGCGUCGCCAGCCCGGUCCGGCCUGUUCCUGCUCCCCGCAUCGAGCCUGUGGUACGCUUCGCCAGCCCGGUCCGGUCCGUUCCUGCUCCCCGCACCAAGUCAGUAGUGCUUUUCAUCAGCCCGGUCCGGCCCGUUCCUGCUCCCCGCACCAAGUCAGUGGUGCGCUUCGUCAGUCCGGCACGGCCCGUGCCUGCUCCCCGCACCAAGCCUACGGUGUGCGUCGCCAGCCCGGCCCGGCCUGUUCCUGCCCCUCGCACCAAGUCUACGGUGCGAGUCGUCAGCCUGGUCCAGCCCGUUCCUGCCACUCGCACCAAGCCAGGGGUGCGAGUCGUCAGCCUGGUCCAGCCCGUUCCGGCCACUCGCACCAAGCCAGGGGUGCGAGUCGUCAGUCCAGUGAGGCCCGUUGCUGCUCCACGCACCAAGCCAGGGGUGCGUAUCGUCAGCCAGGUCCGGUCCUUUCCUGCCUCACGCACCAAGCCAGGGGUGCGCGUCGUCUGUCCGGCACAACCCGUGCCUGGGUCACCGGUGCCUAACCAGGUACCGGUCAACGGCUCCACUACGGAGUUGAAGCUAACCGCUCCUGCUACGUCCAGUCCAGCUCUAGCCAGCGGGGCCAGACCGGACCAGGGGCGCUAUGGGGGGUUUGUUGGAGGGUGGUGGGCAAGCCCGGAGCCAGAACCGCCGCCGAGGAGGUAUGCCCACCCAGCCCUCCCCUGUUUUGCUCUUUUUGAGGCGCGGUCGCAGUCCGCGCCUUUAGGGGGGGGGUACUGUCACACCCUGGCUAUGGGACUCUAGUUGUUGAGCCAGGGUGUGUUUGUUCUAUGUGGUGUGUUUCUAUGUUGGGGGUUCUAGUUCGUCUAUUUCUAUGUUUUGCCUGCGUGACUCCCAAUCAGAGGCAACGAGUGUCAGCUGUUGGCUGGUUGUCUCUGAUUGGGAGCCAUAUUUAAACUGUCUGUUUUCCCUUUGUGUUUGUGGGUUUUUGUUCCGUGGUUGGUGUAUGUAACCAGGGACGUCACGGUUUCGUUUUGUUGUUUUGAUCGUGUGAUCAUUUAUUAAAUAAAGAAUAUGUUUGCCUUCAACGCUGCGCCUUGGUCCUCCUCCUUAGACGAUCGUGACAAUAGGUGCACUACUUUUCAUGGUUUCAUUACACAAUCAUGGUGCUUUGAGACUUUAUAUUUUUACAGUGUAACACCAACACUGAGGAAAAGAAAGGCGUGAGGAGAGGGGGCAGGAGGUUCUCUCUGUCUGUCCAUGUGUGUGAUUUAAUGAUGCCUGCCAUACUGUCUCCAUAGUGUGGGGACCAACCAACCUAACAGCUGGGGCAGAAUGCAAACAGACAGAUGAAGGAUUAGCCCCAAUGUUUAAGCCUCUGUCUCUCUGCCUCUAGGUCCAGGCCAUGUUUGUCUUCAUCUAUGGCUGCAGCAGAAAAAAGUUAUUUAUUUAUUUAUGUCUGCUACUGGAGUGGACUAAAAAGCAACUGUCCACAAAGCACUGGUAGUUUAUUCCUUUAAAGCUUGAGAAAAUGUUUCUUCACCGAACUGCUCACAAGUUUGAAGUUUCACAAUUUUGAACACUGGAUUGCUUAGCACACCAACAUGCAUUCAGAAAGUAUUCAGACCCCUUGACUGUUUUUCACAUUUUGUUACGUUACAGCCUUAUUUUAAAAUGGAUUAAAUAAACAAAAAUGUCCUCAUCACUCUACACACAAUACCCCAUAAUUACAAAGCGAAAACAGUUUUUUUUUUUGUUGCUAAUUUAUUUAAAAAUAAAAACAGAACUACCUUAUUUACAUAAGUAUUCAGACCCUUUGCUAUGAGACUCGAAAUUGAGCUCAGGUGCGUUCUGUUUCCAUUGAUCAUCCUAGAGAUGUUUCUACAACUUUAUUGGACUCCACCUGUGGUAAAUUGAAUUGAUUGGACAUGAUUUGGAAAGGCACACACCUGACAGUGCAUGUCAGAGCAAAAACCAAGCCGAGGUCAAAGGAAUUGUCUGUAGAGCUCCGAGACAGGAUUGUGUCGAGGCACAGAUCUGGGGAAGGGUACGAAAAAAUGUCUGCAGCAUUGAAGGUCCCCAAGAACACAGUGGCCGCCAUCAUUCUUAAAUGGAAGAAGUUUGGAACCACCAAGACUCUUCUUAGAGCUGGUUGCCCGGCCAAACUGAGCAAUCGGGGGAGAAGGGCCUUGGUCAGGGAGGUGACCAAGAACCCGAUGGUCACUCUAACAGAGCUCCAGAGUUCCUCUGUGGAGUUGGGAGAACCUUCCAGAAGGACAACCAUCUCUGCAGCACUCCACCAAUCAGGCCUUUAUGGUAGAGUGGCCAGAUGGAAGCCACUCCUCAGUAAAAGGCACAUGACAGCCCGCUUGGAGUUUGCCAAAAGGCACCUAAAGGACUCUCAGACCAUGAGAAACAAGAUUCUCUGGUCUGAUGAAACCAAGAUUGAACUCUUUGGCUUGAAUGCCAAGCGUCACGUCACCCUACGGUGAAGCAUGGUGGUGGCAGCAUCAUGCUGUGGGAAUGUUUUUCAGCGGCAGGGACUGGGAGACUAGUCAGGAUCGAGGGAAAGAUGAACUGAGCAAAGUACAGAGAGAUCCUUGAUGAAAACCUGCUCCAGAGCACUCAGGACCUCAGACUGGGGGUGAAGGUUCACCUUCCAACAGGACAACGACCCUAAGCACACAGCCAAGACACCGCAGGAGUGACUUCUGGACAAGUCUCUGAAUAUCCUUGAGUGGCCCAGCCAGAGCCCAGACUUGAACCCAAUCGAACAUCUCUGGAGAGACCUGAAAAUAGCUGUGCAGCGACGCUCCCCAUCCAACCUGACAGAUUUCUAUAAAUCUGUUUUUGCUUUGUCAUUAUGGUGUAUUGUCUGUAGAUUAAUUAGGGACAAAAAUAAUUUAAUCCAUUUUAGAAUAAGGCUGUAACGUAACAAAAUGUGGAAAAAGUCAAGGGGUCUGAAUACUUUCCGAAUGCACUGUAGUUUACUCUGUGUCCUCCUACCUGCUCAUUGUAGUACAUUAACUACAACACCCAUUCAAUAGAGAACACAUGACAGGGUUGAUGCACAUUAAUUCUAGUUGGUGUAUCUUUUUUCUGUGUGCAGCACGCUCCACAGUCGUCUGGCCAGCGAGCAGUCUCAGCUGAAGGAGGAGCUGGAUGCUGUGAGGCAGGUAAGGUAUCUGUAUUCCAAGUAUACCUGUACUUAGUUGCGAAACACAUUUCCCUAUUUGGAUGCUACCGUACUCUAUUCGAUUAAAUUCAAUCCAAUUCUAUUUAAUUAUAUUAUGCAGGACAACAUCCAGCUGGUCAGAGAACACAACCAUGUGAAACAGAGCUGUGAGGAGAUGAGGAGACUACAUGAUGAGGACCAGAGAGAGCUGGGAGACAUGAGGCUGCUUCACCAACAGGUACUGGAGUAGAAUACACACUCAGCCUGACAUGCUCAAGGUUUUUGGGUCAGGGUCCUCUCUUUUGGAUCCAGGGGGUGGCAGGUAGCAUAGAUGUUAUAAAAGCAGGCCAGCAACCAGAGUGUUGCCAGUUCGAAUCCCUGGUCUGAUGGGAAAUUUGGCAAAACCUUUGCUGUCUAUUCUGGCACUGACUGACGUUUCUUUUGACCUUUCUUUAAAUAACUUUUUGGAUUCUGACAUAUGAGACAGAUUCUACAUGUUCUGCCCAUUUAGGACCAUUAGCACGGUCCGACGAGCUCAUUCCACCAUGUCGUCAUAGUGAUCAGAAAUGCCUUCAAAUUAGACAAAUCACCAAAUUAAUUAUUAAUUAAUUAUUAUUAGUUAAAUUAACCAUUUAGUUUCUCUCAUUGCUGCUCUGGUUGCACCUCAAGUGGCACCCUAUUCCCUUUAUAGUUAACUCUUUUGACCAGUGCCCAUAGGAGCCUGUAGGGAAUAGGGUGCAUCCCAGGGUGCCAUUUGGGAUGCACCCUCUGUAGGAUCUAUUUUUAGCUCUCAUUAUAGUUUGAACCCUUGGUUCAUAUCAUUAAUUGUUUGUCAGUCAUAUCUAACAUGUUCAUGGGGAAUGCUUUCUAUGCCAGUCUGAUCAGUAGGUGCCUAAUUGGCUAGGUCCCAAAUGACACCCUAUUCCCUAUAUAGUGCACUACCUUUGACCAGGCCCAUGUCUACCCAAAGCUGGGAUUGCUGAUGAGCUCAUGUCAUUACUAAGUAAACUAGCAUCAAGCAGCAUCCAAAUUAACAAUCAAAUGAGCCUGAUGAUGUCAAUUCAAAUUAGGCUGCCGUUGUGAAUUACGUCUGUUAAGGAUUUUAUGAGCGAGCCAAUGCCAUGCGGUAGACGUGCAGAAAACGCCUCGGUGUAGGUUUUGCCUGAUACCCAUGUUGAAUAUACAUAAUGCAAUAAUCAUACAAAUAUGUUACAAUUUUAUCCAAAGCGCCUUAUAGUUCAGUGAAUGCAUACAUUUUUUUGUAGCCUACUGUAUGUGACUGUUCUCACUGUGGGAUGUUCAUUAUUAUGACACAUUACUUACAUUACGUGUAUUCAUAUUAUUAUCUUUUGAGUUGUUUUAAAGCCAUCGCAGUAGAAGUGUAGCGGAGCCGGAGAGGCACAUUGUAAAUGUUCUGCGUGGUUUCUCUUCUCUCUGACUGAAGGAGUCUCUGCUUAGUGACUUAAUUUAGCCCCAAGACCCUGACCUCUGCUAAAUUACAUUUUUUCUUGGCAGUAAUUUAACAAACUGUUCCAAUGUUGGAUUAUUUAUUUAACUCGAAAAAUGUUGCGCCUUUUCCUUUGAACUCUGAGCACUCAGAAUGAAACAGAGUUUCGGUGUAACCUUUGUAAACAUAGCCAUGGGCUGUGUCCCAAAUGGCUCCCUAUACAGUGCACUACUUUUGAACAGGGCCCAUAGUGCACUAUAUAGGGAAGAGGGUGCCAUUGGCCCUGGUCAAAAGUAGUGCACUGUAUAGGGAAUAGGAUGCCAUUUGGGACGCAACCUUACUGACUGAAGCACCGUCUUGUUUUCUGGUUCUUAAUCUAUUUUUACACUAUGGAGGAGAUGAGGGCACUUUAGUCUGCGCUGCUUUAUAAAGACAGAGUGGUUGUUGACUCAGUCAUGUUCAGUCAUUAUCUGUAGCACUGCCAUGUCAUCAAUGAGACGGCUGUAGAGAGAGUGCUAUAGUGUUGUUGUGCUGUAAAUAGACUAUACUGGAAUGUAUUAUAUAGUGUAGAUAGAGACAGCACUGUCUUCUACUGUUGUAUUUCCCAGUGGUCACAGUGGUGGUUAAGUAUACAGUGCUGUCUCUAUCUCUAGACUGUAGAUGUACUGUAUAUGUACUGUAGAUGUACUGUAGAUAGACUGUAGAUGUACUGUAGAUAGACUGUACCCUAGUGUAUUGUACAGUGAGGGGAAAAAGUAUUUGAUCCCCUGCUGAUUUUGUAUGUUUGCCCACUGACAAAGACAUGAUCAGUCUAUAACAGUGAGAGACAGAAUAACAACAAAAAAAUCCAGAAAAACGCAUGUCAAAAAUGUUAUAAAUUGAUUUGCAUUUUAAUGAGGGAAAUAAGUAUUUGACCCCUCUGCAAAACAUGACUUAGUACUAGGUGGCAAAACCCUUGUUGGCAAUCACAGAGGUCAGACGUUUCUUGUAGUUGGCCACCAGGUUUGCACACAUCUCAGGAGGGAUUUUGUCCCACUCCUCUUUGCAGAUCUUCUCCAAGUCAUUAAGGUUUCGAGCCUGACGUUUUGCAACUCGAACCUUCAGCUCCCUCCACAGAUUUUCUAUGGGAUUAAGGUCUGGAGACUGGCUAGGCCACUCCAGGACCUUAAUGUGCUUCUUCUUGAGCCACUCCUUUGUUGCCUUGGCCGUGUGUUUUGGGUCAUUGACAUGCUGGAAUACCCAUCCACGACCCAUUUUCAAUGCCCUGGCUGAGGGAAGGAGGUUUUCACCCAAGAUUUGACGGUACAUGGCCCCAUCCAUUGUCCCUUUGAUGCGGUGAAGUUGUCCUGUCCCCUUAGCAGAAAAACACCCCCAAAGCAUAAUGUUUCCACCUCCAUGUUUGACGGUGGGGAUGGUGUUCUUGGGGUCAUAGGCAUCAUUCCUCCUCCUCCAAACACGUCGAGUUUAGUUGAUGCCAAAGAGCUCGAUUUUGGUCUCAUCUGACCACAACACUUUCACCCAGUUCUCCUCUGAAUCAUUCAGAUGUUCAUUGGCAAACUUCAGAUGGGCCUGUAUAUGUGCUUUCUUGAGCAGGGGGACCUUGCGGGCGCUGCAGGAUUUCAGUCCUUCACGGCGUAGUGUGUUACCAAUUGUUUUCUUGGUGACUAUGGUCCCAUCUGCCUUGAGAUCAUUGACAAGAUCCUCCCGUGUAGUUCUGGGCUGAUUCCUCACCGUUCUCAUGAUCAUUGCAACUCCACGAGGUGAGAUCUUGCAUGGAGCCCCAGGCCGAGGGAGAUUGACAGUUAUUUUGUGUUUCUUCCAUUUGCGAAUAAUCGCACCAACUGUUGUCACCUUCUCACCAAGCUGCUUGGCGAUGGUCUUGUAGCCCAUUCCAGCCUUGUGUAGGUCUACAAUCUUGUCCCUGACAUCCUUGGAGAGCUCUUUGGUCUUGGCCAUGGUGGAGAGUUUGGAAUCUGAUUGAUUGAUUGCUUCUGUGGACAGGUGUCUUUUAUACAGGUAACAAGCUGAGAUUAGGAGCACUCCCUUUAAGAGUGUGCACCUAAUCUCAGCUCGUUACCUGUAUAAAAGACACCUGGCAGCCAGAAAUCUUUCUGAUUGAGAGGGGGUCAAAUACUUAUUUCCCUCAUUAAAAUGCAAAUCAAUUUAUAACAUUUCUGACAUGCGUUUUUCUGGAUUUUGUUGUUGUUAUUCUGUCUCUCACUGUUCAAAUAAACCCACCAUUAAAAUUAUAGACUGAUCAUUUCUUUGUCAGUGGGCAAACGUACAAAAUCAGCAGGGGAUCAAAAACUUUUUUCCCUCACCGUAUAGUGUUGUAUCUGUAAAUGUCUUGUAGUGUAUAUUGUGGAAUAUGGACAAUAAAGUUGUAUUGUAUUGUGUAUAUAGUACCCAGUGGAGAGUUUACCCAUCUUUUGUGGAAAAAUGCAUUGAAAUUAUAGGGAGCGUUACUUACUGUGAACAACGAUCAGUGUUUAUACUUAGAAAUAAAAUAGAAUGAUUAAAAUGGGCUUGAAACUCUAACCCUGGCAAUUUUUAAACUCAUGGGUACGCUCGCAAUGGCUGCCUGGUAUUGUGAUGCAAUAAUUUCCAUGGUAUUUUUGAAUGUUCUAUCAUAGAAUUAGGAAUUAGAAUAGGAUCACUAUGUGUUCUAUCAACUGAUGCUGCAUCGCCAUGAUAAUGUGGUUCAUGCAAGGGGAUGUAGCUCAGUUCGUAGAGCAUGGCGUUUGCAACGCCAGGGUUGUGGGUUCGUUUCCCACGGGAGGUAUAAAAAAAUAAAGUAAUGUAUGCACUAACUGUAAGUCGCUGUGGAUAAGAGCGUCUGCUAAAUGACUAAAACGUUUUAGUCAUUGACUCAACAAAUCACAGCACAGACUGAAGGGUACACUUCUUGCUUUUACUUCCUGGCAUGGGUACACUCAAAAUGGCUGCCAGUCCACCCAUUAUGCCAUCAUUGACUUGAAUGGAGAUACACUUUCUAUUCAUUCUAUUUCUGUGCAUUUACACAUCGAUUGUUUUUUUUUACCACUACGUCACUGAUAGUACUGUUGCUGUAGAUAGUACAACACUACACUACAGUAUAGUACAGUCUAUUUCCCAGAGGUUACUGUAAGUAACACAACUCCCAUGCACACUUGUCAAUAUUUUUAAUCAGUCCACUUGCCUUUAUUGACAGUACAGUUGAUAGUAAAUCAAUAUAGGGAAAAAGGACUUACAUAUGCCGGAGACUGGUCUAGUGGUAGUUCUGCUGACUCUGGACCACACAUCAAUUCAAGCAAUUCUAUCAUGCCCUUCAACUAUCCAUACCCCUCUCUGUAACUGUCUUUCAACUACCCAUCUCCCUCUCUGUAACUGUCUUUCAACUACCCAUCUCCCUCUCUGUAACUGUCUUUCAACUACCCAUCUCCCUCUCUGUAACUGUUCUUCAACUACCCAUCUCCCUCUCUGUAACUGUCUUUCAACUACCCAUCUCCAUCUCCCUCUCUGUAACUGUCUUUCAACUACCCAUCUCCAUCUCCCUCUCUGUAACUGUCUGUCAACUACCCAUCUCCCUCUCUGUAACUGUUCUUCAACUACCCAUCUCCCUCUCUGUAACUGUCUUUCAACUACCCAUCUCCCUCUCUGUAACUGUCUUUCAACUACCCAUCUCCCUCUCUGUAACUGUUCUUCAACUACCCAUCUCCCUCUCUGUAACUGUCUUUCAACUACCCAUCUCCCUCUCUGUAACUGUUCUUCAACUACCCAUCUCCCUCUCUGUAACUGUCUUUCAACUACCCAUCUCCAUCUCCCUCUCUGUAACUGUCUGUCAACUACCCAUCUCCCUCUCUGUAACUGUCUUUCAACUACCCAUCUCCGUCUCUGUAACUGUCUUUCAACUACCCAUCUCCCUCUCUGUAACUGUCCUUCAACUACCCAUCUCCCUCUUUGUAACUGUCUUUCAACUACCCAUCUCCCUCUCUGUAACUCUUUCAACUACCCAUCUCCCUCUCUGUAACUGUCUUUCAACUACCCAUCUCCCUCUCUGUAACUGUCCUUCAACUACCCAUCUCCCUCUCUGUAACUGUCUUUCAACUACCCAUCUCCCUCUCUGUAACUGUCCUUCAACUACCCAUCUCCCUCUCUGUAACUGUCCUUCAACUACCCAUCUCCCUCUCUGUAACUGUCCUUCAACUACCCAUCUCCCUCUCUGUAACUAUCCUAUCAUAAAACAAUACAAAAUGUACCAAAACAUUUACAUUGUAGUCAUUUAGCAUAGACUGUUAUCCAGAGCGACAUACUGUACAGUCAGUGCAUUCAACUAAGUUGAGUAUUGAAAUAUGUAAAUAAAAUGAAUGAGCUCUCUGUUCCAGGUGAUGAGAGAUGGGUCAUCAGAGAUCCUCAACAAGCUGUAUGACACAGCUAUGGACAAGCUAGAGGGUACCAAGAGAGACUACGAGGCUCUGAGGAAGAGGUACAACGACAAGACAACAUAUUUUAAUUGUCAAUGAAUUAUUAUAUUACUAUAUUGUACUAGUGACCCUGUGUUGAUAAGCAAGUACAUCAACUCCCCCAAGGGAGCUAGCCUUCUUGGACCUGUUGAUAGGUUUGUAGAUCACUUCGGACAAGCUCACUCUCCCUUCGUGUUUCAUGAUAUUAUUCUAGGUACAAUGAGAAGACAGCCAACCACAACACAGACCUGAGCCGUCUGGAGCAGGCAGAGGAGGAGAACAGGAGGCUACAGAAACAGAUGGAUAUGUUGUUGAAGCAGAGAGACACUGCUACACACUACCAACAACAGUACUCUACCUCUAUGAGGAGGUAAGAGACACGCACGCACAAAGAGGUCAACUUUAAUUGCCUGUCUCCAUAAUAGGGUUGGGAAUUGCCAGGGACCUCACGAUACAAUAUUAUCAUGAUACUUAGGUGCCGAUACAAUAUGUAUUGUGUUUUGUUAUUUUUUACCCUUUAUUUUACCAGGUAAGUUGACUGAGAACACAUUUUCAUUUACAGUUACAGGGGAGAUGAAUGAACCUAUUGGAAGCUGGGGAUGAUUAGGUGGCCAUGAUGGUAUGAGGGCCAGAUUGGGAAUUUAGCCAGGACACCGGGGUUAACACCCCUACUCUUAAGACAAGUGCCAUGGGAUCUUUAGUGACCACAGAGUCAGGACACCCGUUUAAAGUCCCACCUGAAAGAUGGCACCCUUCACAGGGCAAUGUCCCCAAUCACUGCCCUGGGACAUUGGGAUGUUUUAUUUUAGACCAUAGAAAGAGUGCCUUCUACUGGCCCUCCAACACCACUUCCAGCAGCAUCUUGUCUCCCAUCCAGGGACCAACCCUGCUUAGCUUCAGAGUCAAGCCAGCAGUGGGAUGCAGGGUGACGUGCUGCAAGGUGGUGUGCUAUUGUGAUUUAAUGUUCAAAACAUAUUGCUCACUAUAUGUCUUCUGCAGCGAGGCGAGAGAGUGCAUGAGAAGAUUAAUUUUGAUCAGUCAUGGAAAUAAAAGUGCUGAAAACAUUUUGGCUCACUAUUUAAAAAGACGAUGGAGAACAAGCUAUAGGAUGAAACAUACUGGAGUUUUGGCGCAGGUACAGCCUCCUAGCGGUAGCUAACGCUACCUAGCAAAAAUAAAUAAAUCGAUACUUGGAGUCAAAGUAUCAAUAUAAUAUAGUCCAAAAUAAUUUCAUGAUAUGUAACCAUCUGUAUUUUUCCCCCCCAUCACUACUACAUAAGUGUUCAUAACUGUUCAUAAAUCACUCAGAAGUGCUUGAAGUAAUUCAGUCCAGAGGAGAUGAAGGCCUGUGAUUGCAGAUCUUUGCUACUUAGUUUAAGAUUUUCCUUUGUGAUGCCAACUGGACAAGCUUCAUCAUAUGUUGCCUUUUUAAAAUCAGAUAUUGCUGUAUAUUUAACAAGUUAUUUUUACUGUGAGCUAUUUUCUGUCUUCUCAUUCACAUAAAAGGGCUGCGUUUGUUUGUAUCAUACCUCAUCCCCUUAUCUCUCUCCUGUCCUGUCAUUUCAACUAUCUUCUUCUAGGUUCCACUCUAAUAAAAGGGCUAGUGUUUGUAUUAUACUAUACUUGGUUCCCUAAACACAACCUCUUUCACCCCUGUCCUGUUACUGUGUCAGGUUUGACUCCACCUCUCUCCCCCUGUCAAAUCAAAUCAAAUCACAUUUUAUUUGCUACAUGUGCUGAAUACAAAAGGUGUAGACAUACAGUGAAAUGAUACUUACUUACAAGCCCUUAACCAACAAUGCAUUAUUUAAAGUUUUUAAAAAAAAAUUAAGUGUUAAGGAAAAAUAAAUAAAAGCAAAUAACUAAAGAGCAGCAGUAAAAUAAAAUAACAGUAGGGAGGCUAUAUACAGGGGGCUACCGGUGCAGAGUCAAUGUGCGGGGUCACCGGCUAGUCGAGGUAAUUGAGGUAAUAUGUACUUGUGGGUAGAGUUAAAGUGACUAUGCAUAAAUAAUAGACAGAGAAGCAGCAGCGUAAAAGAGGGGGGUGGGGGGGGCAGUGCAAAUAGUCUGGGUAGCAAUGAUUAGCUGUUCAGGAGUCUUAUGGCUUGGGGGUAGAAGCUGUUGAGAAGCCUUUUGGACCUAGACUUGGCGCUCCGGUACCGCUUGCCGUGCGGUAGCAGAGAGAACAGUCUAUAACUAGGGUGGCUGGAGUCUUUGACAAUUUUGAGGGCCUUCCUCUGACACCGCCUGAUAUAGAGGUCCUGGAUGGCAGGAAGCUUGGCCCCAGUGAUGUACUGGGAUGUACGCACUACCCUCUGUAGUGCCUUGCGGUCGGAGGCCGAGCAGUUGCCAUACCAGGCGGUGAUGCAAGCAGUCAGGAUGCUCUCGAUGGUGCAGCUGUAGAACUUUUUGAGGAUCUGAGGACCCAUUCCAAAUCUUUUCAGUCUCCUGAGGGGGAAUAGGCUUUGUCGUGCCCUCUUCACAACUGUCUUGGUGUGUUCGGACCAUGAUAGUUUGUUGGUGAUAUGGACACCAAGGAACUUGAAGCUCGCAACCUGUUCCACUACAGCCCCGUCGAUGAGAAUGGGGGCGUGCUCAGUCCUCUUUUUUUUCCUGUAGUCCACAAUCAUCUCCUUUGUCCUGAUCACGUUGAGGGAGAGGUUGUUAUCCUGGCACCACACGGCCAGGUCUCGGACCUCCUCCCUAUAGGCUGUCUCAUCGUUGUCGGUGAUCAGGCCUGCCACUGUUGUGUCGUCAUCAAACUUAAUGAUGGUGUUGGAGUCGUGCCUGGCCAUGCAGUCAUGGGUGAACAGGGAGUACAGGAGGGGACUGAGCACGCACCCCUGAGGGGCCCCGUGUUGAGGAUCAGCGUGGCAGAUGUGUUGUUACCUACCCUUACCACCUGGGGGCGGCCCGUCAGGAAGUCCAGGAUCCAGUUGCAGAGGGAGGUGUUUAGUCCCAGGAUCCUUCGCUUAGUGAUGAGCUUUGAGGGCACUAUGGUGUUGAACGCUGAGCUGUAGUCAAUGAACAGCAUUCUCACGUAGGUGUUCCUCUUGUCCAGGUGGGAAAGGGCAGUGUGGAGUGCAAUAGAGAUUGCAUCAUCUGUGGAUCUGUUGGGGCGGCAUGCAAAUUGGAGUGGGUCUAGGGUUUCUGGGAUAAUGGUGUUGAUGUGAGCCAUGACCAGCCUAUCAAAGCACUUCAUGGCUACAGACGUGAGUGCUACGGAUCAGUAGUUAUUUAGGCAGGUUAUCUUAGUGUCCUUGGGCACAGGGACUAUGGUGGUCUGCUUGAAACAUGUUGGUAUUACAGACUCAGUCAGGGACAUGUUGAAAAUGUCAGUGAAGACACUUGCCAGUUGGUCAGCACAUGCUCAGAGUACACGUCCUGGUAAUCCGCCUGGCCCUGCGGCCUUGUGAAUGUUGACCUGUUUAAAAGUCUUACUCACAUCGGCUACGGAGAGCGUGAUCACAUAGUCAUCCGGAACAGCUGGUGCUCUCAUGCAUGCUUCAGUGUUGCUUACCUCGAAGCGAGCAUAGAAGUGAUUUAGCUCGUCUGGUAGGCUUGUGUCACUGGGCAGCUUGUGGCUGUGCUUCCUUUUGUAGUCUGUAAUAGUUUUCAAGCCCUGCCACUUCAAUAUUAGUCCGGUAUUGACUCUUUGCCUGUUUGAUGGUUCGUCAGAGGGCAUAGCGGGAUAUCUUAUAAGCGUCCGGGUUAGAGUCCCGCUCCUUGAAAGUGGCAGCUCUACCCUUUAGCUCAGUACGGAUGUUGCCUGUAAUCCAUGGCUUUUGGUUGGGGUAUGUACGUACGGUCACUGUGGGGACGACGUCAUCAAUGCACUUAUUGAUGAAGCCAGUGACUUAUGUGGUGUACUCCUCAAUGCUAUCUGAAGAAUCCCUGAACAUAUUCCAGUCCGUGCUAGCAAAACAGUCCUGUAGCUUAGCAUCUGCAUCAUCUGACCACUUUUUUAUUAAACGAGUCACUGGUGCAUCCUGCUUUAGUUUUUGCUUAUAAGCAGGAAACAGGAGGAUAGAGUUAUGGUCAGAUUUGCCAAAUGGAGGGUGAGGGAGAGCUUUUUAUGCGUCUCUGUGUGUGGAGUAAAGGUGGUCUAGAGUUUUUUUCCUCUGGUUACACAUUUAACAUGCUGGUAGAAAUGAGGUAGAACGGAUUUAAGUUUCCCUGCAUUAAAGUCACUAGGAGCGCCGCCUCUGGAUGAGCGUUUUCCUGUUUACUUAUGGCCUUAUACAGCUCAUUGAGUGCAAUCUUAAUGCCAGCAUCGGUUUGUGGUGGUAGAUAGACAGCUACAAAAAAUAUAGAUGAAAAGUCUCUUGGUAAAUAGUGUGGUCUACAGCUUAUCAUGAGAUACUCUACCUCAGCCGAGCAAAACCUAGAGACUUCCUUAGUAUUAGAUUUUGUGCACCAGCUGUUGUUUACAAAUAUACACAGACCGCCACCCCUGUCUUACCGGAGUCAGCCGUUCUAUCCUGCCGAUGUAGCGUAUAUCCUGUCAGCUGUAUGUUGUCCAUGUCGUCGUUCAGCCACGACUCUGUGAAACAUAAGAUAUUACAGAUUUUAAUGUCCCGUUGGUAGGAUAACCGUAAUCUUAGGUCGUCCAAUUUGUUCUCAAAUGAUUGAACAUUGGCUAAUUGGAUUGAUGGAAGAGGCAGUUUACUCGCUCGCCGUCGGAUCCUUACAAGGCACCCCGACCUACAUCCACGGUAUCUCUGUCUCUUACUCAUGCGAAUGACGGGGAUUUUGGCCUUGUCGGGUGUCUGUAGGAUAUCCUUCGCGUCCGGCUCGUUGAAUAAAAUAUCUUCGUCCAAUACGAGGUGAGUAAUCACUGUCUUGAUAUCCAGAAGCUCUUUUUGGUCAUAAGAGACGGUGGCAGAAACAUUAUGUACAGAAUAAAUUACAAAUAAUGCGAAAAAACACACAUAAUAGUACAAUUGGUUAGAGGGCUGUAAAACGGCAGCCAUCUUCUCCGGCGCCACUUCUUCUCCUGUUAAUGUGUCAGAUUUGACCCCACCUCUCUCCCCCAUGUCCUGUUACUGUGUCAAGUUUGACUCCACCUCUCUCCCCCCUGUCCUGUUACUGUGCCAGGUUUGACCCCACCUCUCUCCCCCAUGUCCUGUUACUGUGUCAGGUUUGACUCCACCUCUCUCCCCCCUGUCCUGUUACUGUGUCAGGUUUGACUCCACCUCUCUCCCCCCUGUCCUGUUACUGUGUCAGGUUUGACUCCACCUCUCUCCCCCCUGUCCUGUUACUGUGCCAGGUUUGACUCCACCUCUCUCCCCCCUGUCCUGUUACUGUGUCAGGUUUGACUCCACCUCUCUCCCCCCUGUCCUGUUACUGUGUCAGGUUUGACUCCACCUCUCUCCCCCCCGUCCUGUUACUGUGUCAGGUUUGACUCCACCUCUCUCCCCCCUGUCCUGUUACUGUGUCAGGUUUGACUCCACCUCUCUCCCCCCUGUCCUGUUACUGUGCCAGGUUUGACUCCACCUCUCUCCCCCCUGUCCUGUUACUGUGUCAGGUUUGACUCCACCUCUCUCCCCCAUGUCCUGUUACUGUGUCAGGUUUGACUCCACCUCUCUCCCCCCUGUCCUGUUACUGUGUCAGAUUUGACUCCACCUCUCUCCCCCCUGUCCUGUUACUGUGUCAGGUUUGACUCGACCCAGGCGGAGCUGUCGAAGGUUGCAGCGCAGAACAAGGAGCUACAGAGGGAGAUGGAACGGCUGCAGACAGAAACCACACGGCUGAAGACCCAGCAGCUGAAGGCUGUUAAGGACUGUGAGAAGUACAAGGAGGAGAGGGACUCGGUCUUCAACGAGUACAGACUCAUCAUGAGCGAGAGGGACCAGGUCAGAGAGUGAUAUUUUUUCUUUGCUUUACUAGGUUUAUUGGAUAGGGACAAUGCAUAUUUCUAUACAUUUGCCAGAUUUUGCCAGCAGGCUUCUUUCCGUCUAUAUAAAUAAUACAUAAAGUAUAAUAGUAAUACUGUAAUACAACUGUAAUAAAGUAAAGUUUACUGUAUGUAUUUGUGUGGAGCAGGUGAUCAAGGAGGUGGACAAGCUCCAGACAGGGCUGGAGGUGGCUGAGGCCAAACUGAAGAACACCUCGUCAGAGAAAAGGAUGACCAGCGAAGAGUUGGAGGCACUACGCCAGGUAAGGCAAUGCCUCAAUCUGUACCUCAAUCUAUAUGUAGCGCUAAGGGUGGUACACGCUCAGAAAUAAGGGUACGGUUAGGGUACAGUAUUAUUCCCUGGGGUACCAAAAGAUCAAUAUCCACAUCAUGUACCUUCAGAGGUACACAUAUGAUCUCACAUGGUAUUGUUCGGUACCUUUUAGGGUACAUGUGCAGAUAAUCUAGUAUAAUGGUAGAUUUUUGUACCCAAUAUUUUUUAUAUAAAGGUACAAUCAUCACAACAUUAUAUUAUUAUAUUAUUAUUAUUAUUAUUAGGUAUUUUCAACAUACGGUGAAGGUACAUUUCUGUUUCCCAGGAUACAAACGUAUUUUGUGUACCCUCAAUUCUUGAUGGUACUGAUCUGUACCUUUGCUUAGCAAAAAAGCAAUGUGUUGAAGAAAGGUACAUACAGUGGGGAAAAAAAGUAUUUAGUCAGCCACCAAUUGUGCAAGUUCUCCCACUUAAAAAGAUGAGAGAGGCCUGUAAUUUUCAUCAUAGGUACACGUCAACUAUGACAGACAAAAUGAGGAAAAAAAAUCCAGAAAAUCACAUUGUAGGAUUUUUAAUGAAUUUAUUUGCAAAUUAUGGUGGAAAAUAAGUAUUUGGUCAAUAACAAAAGUUUCUCAAUACUUUUGUUAUAUACCCUUUGUUGGCAAUGACACAGGUCAAACGUUUUCUGUAAGUCUUCACAAGGUUUUCACACACUGUUGCUGGUAUUUUGGCCCAUUCCUCCAUGCAUAUCUCCUCUAGAGCAGUGAUGUUUUGGGGCUGUCGCUGGGCAACACGGACUUUCAACUCCCUCCAAAGAUUUUCUAUGGGGUUGAGAUCUGGAGACUGGCUAGGCCACUCCAGGACCUUGAAAUGCUUCUUACGAAGCCACUCCUUCGUUGCCCGGGCGGUGUGUUUGGGAUCAUUGUCAUAAUGAAAGACCCAGCCACGUUUCAUCUUCAAUGCCCUUGCUGAUGGAAGGAGGUUUUCACUCAAAAUCUCACGAUACAUGGCCCCAUUCAUUCUUUCCUUUACACGGAUCAGUCGUCCUGGUCCCUUUGCAGAAAAACAGCCCCAAAGCAUGAUGUUUCCACCCCCAUGCUUCACAGUAGGUUUGGUGUUCUUUGGAUGCAACUCAGCAUUCUUUGUCCUCCAAACACGACGAGUUGAGUUUUUACCAAAAAGUUAUAUUUUGGUUUCAUCUGACCAUAUGACAUUCUCCCAAUCCUCUUCUGGAUCAUCCAAAUGCACUCUAGCAAACUUCAGACGGGCCUGGACAUGUACUGGCUUAAGCAGGGGGACACGUCUGGCACUGCAGGAUUUGAGUCCCUGGCGGCGUAGUGUGUUACUGAUGGUAGGCUUUGUUACUUUGGUCCCAGCUCUCUGCAGGUCAUUCACUAGGUCCCCCCGUGUGGUUCUGGGAUUUCUGCUCACCGUUCUUGUGAUCAUUUUGACCCCACGGGGUGAGAUCUUGCGUGGAGCCCCAGAUCGAGGGAGAUUAUCAGUGGUCUUGUAUGUCUUCCAUUUCCUAAUAAUUGCUCCCACAGUUGAUUUCUUCAAACCAAGCUGCUUACCUAUUGCAGAUUCAGUCUUCCCAGCCUGCUGCAGGUCUACAAUUUUGUUUCUGGUGUCCUUUGACAGCUCUUUGGUCUUGGCCAUAGUGGAGUUUGGAGUGUGACUGUUUGAGGUUGUGGACAGGUGUCUUUUAAACUGAUAACAAGUUCAAACAGGUGUCAUUAAUACAGGUAACGAGUGGAGGACAGAGGAGCCUCUUAAAGAAGAAGUUACAGGUCUGUGAGAGCCAGAAAUCUUGCUUGUUUGUAGGUGACCAAAUACUUAUUUUCCACCAUAAUCUGCAAAUAAAUUCAUUAAAAAUCCUACAAUGUGAUUUUCUGGAAUUUUUUUCCUCAAUUUGUCUGUCAUAGUUGACGUGUACCUAUGAUGAAAAUUACAGGCCUCUCUCAUCUUUUUAAGUGGGAGAACUUGCACAAUUGGUGGCUGACUAAAUACUUUUUUUCCCCACUGUAUUUGUACCCACUAUAAGGUACAAUGAUGGAUUUUUGCCACUUAAAAGGAAUUAACGGCUUUGUCACUGUGGUGGUACCCUAAAAAGGCAAAUUUGUAUCAUAAUCAUUAUCAUGUUUCCCAGCAUGCUCUACUGCAGGUAGAUUUUUAAGAAUUGUUUUAAUAUCUGUGUUUUUGCAUUUACAUUGAUUGACUGAUUAAUCUUAUGCUACACAAAGAUAAAUAACAUACAUUUUUCUAAACUAAUCCAAUCAUUUAGUUAGAUUUAUUGCACCCGUUACUGAAAUGGUUGUUCCAGUUUAAAUGGUUUAGGUAGUCUCCUUUAUCAAUGCUGUGGGUGAAUAAAAAUUCCAACUGUUGGCUAUCUUAACUCUGGCUUGAUUCCAAUAGGAAUUACACAUCACUUUGCAAGCCAGCAUAAUGUGACUUACAGGCCUGAUGUGGCCUGUAAACCAGGAAUUUCAGGCCACUGUAUUAGGGUAAAACUAGGUUUUAAAAUAAGGCCUUAUGAGAUAUGUAUGUAUCAGUGGAGGCUGGUGGGAGGAGCUAUAGGAGGACAGGCUCAUUGUAAUGGCAUGAAUGGAACGGUAUCAAACAUAUGGAAACCACAUGUUCGACUCCAUUCCAUUAAUUCCAUUCCAGCCAUUACAAUGAGCCCGUCCUCCUAUGGCUCCUCCCACCAGCCUCCACUGAUAUGUAUAUAUUGUCAUAAAUUAUAACAUUCGCCUAGAAACUCACUUGGUGAAUGCCACAGGAUUGAAAAUGAGGCCCAGAAGAGGAGGGAAGGGAAUGGAGGGAAUCUGAUUUCAUUGGUGCUCAACUCGUGGUUCAGACACUUCAUUCAGGAUAAAUGGAGUUAGCCCUGAGUUAGCCUGCCCCGGAGAAGGUUAGUUUUGAAGCAUUCGUUGCCAUAGAAAUGUACCUGGCUAAAAGAUGAGCCACUUCUGUGCUACCGGUUAUCCCAAGUUGAACUCAGAGUUGACCAAAGUUACCUCACUAACUCCUCAAACCAGGUACGUAGUAUACCCCUCUGCUCUCAACCCAAUUUAACACUUAUAUGGGAGAUUCUGGAGUGGUGCCUGAGACAGCAUUUUCCACCACCAUCAACAAAACACCAAAUUAAAUGAUAGAAUUUAUCGUGGAAGAAUGAAAGAGCCUCCCGUGUAGCUCAGUUGGUAGAGCAUGGCGCUUGCAACGCCAGGGUUGUGGGUUCGAUUCCCACGGGGGGCCAGUAUGAAAAAUGUAUGCACUCACUAACUAAGUCGCUCUGGAUAAGAGCGUCUGCUAAAUGAUGUAAAUGUAAAUGUGUCGCAUCCCUCCAAUAGAGUUCCAGACACUUGUAGAAUCUAUACCUAGGUGCAUUGAAGCUGUUCUGGAUCAUGGUGGCCCAAUGUGUCACGCCCUGGCUCUGGGGACUCUUGUAUGUUGAGCCAGGGUGUUAGUUUCUUUGUGUAGUGUCUAUGUUUCGUUUUCUAUGUUCUGUUCUAGGUUGUGUUUCUAUGUUGGCCGGGGUGGUUCUCAAUCAGAGGCAACGAGAAUCAGCUGUUGUUUGUUGUCUCUGAUUGGGAACCAUACUUAGGCAGCCUUUUGUGCACUUGUUAUUCGUGGGAUCUUGUUCCGUGAAGGUUUGUGUAUGACCGAGGACUUCACGUAUCGUUUUGUUGUUUUUGUUGUAUUUGAAAAGUACCUAUUAAAGAUGUACACAUAUCACGCUGCGCCUUGGUCCAAUCAUUAUGACGAUCGUGACAGAAGAUCCCACCAAAACAGGACCAAGCAGCGUGUCCAGGAGCCGACAGCCUGGACUUGGGAGGAGAUCUUGGACGGGCAGGGGUCCUGGACUUGGGAGGAAAUCCAGGCCGGAAUGGAUCGCCGUCCGUGGGAGGAGACGGUGGAGGCGCGCCAUAGAGAGGAGCAGCGGCGCCAACCGGGCCGACGUCGGACACGCAAGAGGCAACCCCAAUAAAUUUUUUUGGGGGGGCACACGGCAUGGACGACGGGGCUGCUGGAGGCAGCUACUGGGCAAGUUUGUGGAUUAGGAGGCCACCGGGUUUGGGGGGCUGGAAGGGAGGUUGGCAGAGCCUAGAGGUAGAGCAGAGCCAACUCCCCAUACUCAGGCUAGGCAGCGAGAGACUGGGCAGGUUCCGAGGUAUGCGGAGCUGCGUACUGUGCCGCGAGUGGUCCGGCACAGUCCGGUACGUCCUGUGCGAGCACCACGCACGUGUCGUGCUAAGGUGGGCAUGCAGCCAGGACGGAGUGUGCCGGCUCAACGCUCGUGGCCUCCAGUACCCCUCCUCGGUCCCGGAUAUCCUGCGCCAGUGUCACGUGCUGUAGUGCCAGUACGAGUACACAGCCCUGUACGUCCUGUGCUGAUGCCUCACACAGAGUGUGUAAAAAUAGGCAUUCAGCCAGGACGGGUUGUGUCAGCUCUUCGCUCCAGACCUCCAGUCCGUCUCCACAGCCCGGUCCGGCCUGUUCCUGCUCCCCGCACCAAGCCUGUGAUGCGCGUCGCCAGCCCGGCCCGGCCUGUUCCUGCCCCUCGCACCAAGCCUGUGGUGCGCGUCGCCAGCCCGGGCCGGCCUGUUCCUGCCCCUCGCACCAAGCCUAUGGUGCGCGUCGCCAGCCCGGCCCGGCCUAUUCCUGCCCCUCGCACCAAGCCAAUGGUCAGGUACCGGUCAGCUGCUCCACACCGGAGCCUAAGCAAUCCGCUACACCGAUGUCCAGUACGGCUCCAGCAAGCGGGACUAGACCAGGGGCGCUACGGGGGGGUUGUUAGAGGGUGGUGGUCACGCCCAGAGCCGGAUCCGCCUCCGAGGUGGAAUGCCCACCCGGCCCCUCCCCUGUCGGGUUUAUGUUGGCGCUUGUCGCAGUCCGCGCCUUUGGGGGGGGGGGGGGGGUACUGUCACGCCCUGGCUCUGGGGACUCUUGUAUGUUGAGCCAGGGUGUUAGUUUCUUUGUGUAGUGUCUAUGUUUCGUUUUCUAUGUUCUGUUCUAGGUUGUGUUUCUAUGUUGGCCGGGGUGGUUCUCAAUCAGAGGCAACAAGAAUCAGCUGUUGCUUGUUGUCUCUGAUUGGGAACCAUACUUAGGCAGCAUUUUGUGCACUUGUUAUUUGUGGGAUCUUGUUCCGUGUAGGUUUGUGUAUGACCGAGGACUUCACGUAUCGUUUUGUUUUUGUUGUAUUUGAAAAGUACCUAUUAAAGAUGUACGCAUAUCACGCUGCGCCUUGGUCCAAUCAUUAUGACGAUCGUGACACAAUGCCCUAUUAAGACACUUUAUGUUGGUGUUUCCUUUAUUUUGGCAUUUACCUGUACCUUACAGGGUACCACUACAGUGACAAGCAAUUGUUCCCUUUAAGAACAAAUCUAAACUUAAUUUUGUUUGUUUAAGGCCAGGUAAGGCCAUGGCUCUAUAUGCACAGUAUUCAUGGCUGAAAUUUCCUCUCAGUUGAACUUAUGUGUGCAGAUUCAGAGUCAUGGUGUUCAUUUCUGAUUAAAAAAAAUGUGAGUAACACAUCGAUAAGAGAGAAUCAAUUAGCUGCCAUUCAAUAGUAUGAAACACCUGAAUGUAUAAGCUAGUUUGCAAGCCUUCCAAGUCUUCUUGCACGUCUUCAACCUAUUAUAAAAGGCCAUGGCAUGAUAGAAACACCACCAACAAGCUGACAAAUGACCAGAACACCAAGGAACCUCAUGAUAUGGCUCUUUUUCUUUCUUGUUUUUUCCACUGCAGUUGCCCUUUAAGUUCGUGAACUAAUUGCUGUCUUCUUUGUGCUGAAGGAGCUUGGUUCGGCGCUGAUCGACCGAGACAGAGCUAUCUGUGAGAAGAAUGAGCUGUUGGAGAAGUGCUGCCACGAGGUGAAGGACAAGGCUGAGGCCCAGAAGGAGCUGAGCCAGGCCUGUAAAGACAUCCAGACGAUCCGGGAGGAGAGAGACGUGGCCCGCAAGGAGAGGACAGAGGCUAUCAUACAGAGAGACCAGCUACUGAGAGAAUACUACCAGACUAGACAGGUAACACACACAUCUGAGAUCAGUACGACACACACACCUUAAACACACCUGUAUAGAGAGAACAGAGGCUAUCAUCCAGCAAGAACUAACACUAACACUUUUUCCUACUAGCACUGACUUUGCUGAUAGCUGCUUUAUUGAGGAACAAUUUUACUUACUAUGACUGAGAAAUGUUGUUGUCUCACCUAGCUACCUUAAGAUGGGGCGGCAGGUAGCUUAGUGGGUAAGAGCGUUGUGCCAGUAACCGAAAGGUCGCUGGUUCUAAUCCCUGAGCCGACUAGGUGAAAAAUCUGUCUGUGCCCUUAAGCAAGGCACUUAACCCUAAUUGCUCCUGUAAGUCGCUCUGGAUAAGAGCGUCUGCUAAAUGACCAAACAAAUAAUAAUAAUAAUAAUAAUAAUAAAAAAAAUAAAGAUGGAUGUACUAACUGUAAGUCGCCCUGGAUAAGAGCAUCUGCUAACUGACUAAAAUAUUAAUGUUAUGUAAAUGUAAAUGCAAGACCAGCACCUGAAAUAGGCAGGCCAUACAGGCUAGACAGGAUUAAUUGAUUGAAUACUUCAUUGUCCUGCAACAUACAGGCACUCCUGACAAACACGUAAUACACCAAAUCAAAAACACAAGACAUAUAACUUCACUUAUGUACAACACAUCACAGGACCGUUCAGAUAGACAUAUAGGUGUAUACCAGGGUUCCCCAACUGGCAGCCCACGGGUCGAAUUUGGCCCUGAGCAACAACAAAAAAAAGAUUACAUUUUUUGUUGUUGGCCAUAAGACUGUAAAAACACCAGGAAAUCAUCUCCAAGUGAUUUUAAUUUUGGAAAUAUGUUCUAAAUAUUCCCAUGCAUAAUAGAGAGACGUGAAUGUAUACAAAUGUAAGCAAGGUUUGAAAUCAUUAUGCUUUAGUCAAAUAUUAUAACUGUUUGGGCUUCUUACGGUCAACUUGCAGUCUACAAAUAAUUUGCAAUUAUGUUCCAGCCGCCCGACCAUCCGCUCCAGAAAAAAAUCAUCCCGCGGCUGAAUCUAGUUGAUGAUCCCUGCUGUAUACUGUAGUUGUUGGUUUAUAGUUUAUAGUCCGUCUGUGUUGAGGUGAAGAUAAAGACUAAAGCAUUCAUCUUAUUCUUACCAUUAUCACAAAUCACUUCAUCCCAUACUGUCCUCUCUGAAUCCCCUCUGCAGACACUGCUGAAACUCUUCUCCAAGGCUCUUACAACACAUUUGUCCCAGCAUCAUUUAAUUUUGUGUCAAGCUUUCUCUCUCUGAUAGUCUUGUAGAAUUUACGACAGAGGUAGAAGUCAGAAGAUCCCUGCAUUAGGAAAUUACCAGCAAUUGAAGUGGAAAGCAUUUAUCUGACUUUGACACAUAGUGGGUAUAAAAGUGCUGCCUGCCGCUAUACAAAGCACUUCAUUACUGCCCAACAACCACAGUAAACACAGGAAAUGGAACGGGAUUGAUUUACUCUGGACCAUAAUUCAAUGCCCCAAUGCUUCACUUCUACUAUUGCUCAGCAUCACAUCCCCAGUAUCAGUGUUACGCUUUGAAGCAUGCAGGGAGAGGCUUAAACAUAGUCUGUGUCCCAAAUGGCACCCUAUUCCCUAUAUAGUGUACUACUUUUGACCCGGGACCAUAGGGCUGUGGUCAAAAGUAGUUAACUACAGUUGAAGUCGGAAGUUUACAUACACUUAGGUUGGAGUCAUUAAAACUAGUUUUUCAACCACUCCACAAAUUUCUUGUUAACAAACUAUAGUUUUGUCAAGUCGGUUAGGACAUCUACUUUGUGCAUGACACAAGUAAUUUUUCCAACAAUUGUUUACAGACAGAUUAUUUCACUUAUAAUUCACUGUAUCACAAUUCAAGUGGGUCAGAAGUUUACAUACACUAUGUUGACGGUGCCUUUAAACAGCUUGGGAAAUUCCAGAAAAUGAUGUCAUGGCGUUAGAAACUUCUGAUAGGCUAAUUGACAUAAUUUGAGUCAACUGGAGGUGUACCUGUGGAUGUAUUUCAAGACCUACCUUCAAACUCAGUGCCUCUUAGCUUGACAUCAUGGGAAAAUCAAAAGAAAUCAGCCAAGACCUCAGAAAAGAAAUUGUAGACUUCCACAAGUCUAGUUCAUCCUUGGGAGCAAUUUCCAAACGCCUUAAGGUACCACGUUCAUCUGUACAAACAAUAGUACGCAAGUAUAAACACCAUGGGACCACGCAGCCGUCAUACCGCUCAGGAAGGAGACACGUUCUGUCUCCUAGAGAUGAACGUACUUUGGUGCGAAACAUGCAAAUCAAUCCCAGAACAACAGCAAAGGACCUUGUGAAGAUGCUGGAGGAAACAGGUACAAAAGUAUCUAUAUCCACAGUAAAACGAGUCAUAUAUCGACAUAACCUGAAAGGCCGCUCAGCAAGGAAGAAGCCACUGCUCCAAAACCGCCAUAAAAAAGCCAGACUACGGUUUGCAACUGCACAUGGGGACAAAGAUCGUACUUUUGGGAGAAAUGUCCUCUGGUCUGAUGAAACAAAAAUAGAACUGUUUGGCCAUAAUGACCAUCGUUAUGUUUGGAGGAAAAAGGGGGUUACUUGCAAGCCGAAGAACACCACACCAACCGUGAAGCACGGGGGUGGCAGCAUCAUGCUGUGGGGGUGCUUUGCUGCAGGAGGGACUGGUGCACUUCACAAAAUAGAUGGCAUCAUGAGGAAGGAAAAUGAUGUGGAUAUAUUGAAGCAACAUCUCAAGACAUCAGUCAGGAAGUUAAAGCUUGGUCGCAAAUGGGUCUUCCAAAUGGACAAUGACCACAAGCAUACUUCCAAAGUUGUGGCAAAAUGGCUUAAGGGCAACAAAGUCAAGGUAUUGGAGUGGCCAUCACAAAGCCCUGACCUCAAUCCUAUAGAACAUUUGUGGGCAGAACUGAAAAAGCGUGUGCGAGCAAGGAGGCCUACAAACCUGACUCAGUUACACCAGCUCUGUCAGGAGGAAUGGGCCAAAAUUCACCCAACGUAUUGUGGGAAGCUUGUGGAAGGCUACCCAAAAUGUUUGACCCAAGUUAAACAAUUUAAAGGCAAUGCUACCAAAUACUAAUUGAGUGUAUGUAACCUUCUGACCAACUGGGAAUGUGAUGAAAGAAAUAAAAGCUGAAAUAAAUCAUUCUCUCUACUAUUAUUCUGACAUUUCACAUUCUUAAAAUAAAGUGGUGAUCCUAACUGACCUAAAACAGGGAAUUUUUACUAGGAUUAAAUGUCAGGAAUUGUGAAAAACUGAGUUUAAAUGUUUUUGGCUAAGGUAUAUGUAAACUUCCGACUUCAACUGUAUAUAUACUGCAUUCGGAAAGUAUUCAGACCCCUUGACUUUUUCCACAUAUCGUUACGUUACAGCCUUAUUCUAAAAUGUAUUAAAUUGUUUUUUUCCCCUCAUCAAUCUACAAACAUAAUGACAAAGCAUAAACUGGUUUUAGAAAUUUUUGCAAAUUUAUAACAAAUAAAAAACUGAAAUAUAACAUUUGCAUAAGUAUUCAGACCCUUUACUCAGUACUUUGUUGAAGCACCAUUGGUAGCGAUUACAGCCUUGAGUAUUCUUGGGUAUGACGCUACAAGCUUGGCACACCUGUAUUUGGGGAGUUUCUCCCAUUCUUCUAUGCUCUCAAGCUCUGUCAGGUUGGAUGGGGAGCGUUGCUGCACAGCUAUUUUCAGGUCUCUCCAGAGAUGUUAGAUCGGGUUCAAGUCCGGGCUCUGGCUGGGCCACUCAAGGACAUUCAGAGACUUGUCCCGAAGCCACUCUUGCGUUGUCUUGGCUGUGUGCUUAGGGUCGUUGUCCUGUUGGAAGGUGAACCUUUGCCCCAGUCUGAGGUCCUGAGUGCUCUGGAGCAGGUUUUCAUCAAGGAUCUCUCUGUACUUUGCUCCGUUCAUCUUUCCCUCAUUCUUGACUAGUCUCCCAGCCCCUGCCGCUGAAAAACAUCUCCACAGCAUGAUCCUGCUACCACCAUGCUUCACUGUAGGGAAUGGUGCCAGGUUUCCUCCAGACGUGACGCUUGGCAUUCAGUCCAAAGAGUUCAAUCUUGGUUUCAUCAGACCAGAGAAUCUUGUUUCUCAUAGUCUGAGAGUCCUUUAGGUGCCUUUUGGCAAACUCCAAGCAGGCUGUCAUGUGCCUUUUACUGAGGAGUGGCUUCCGUCUGGCCACUCUACCAUAAAGACCUGAUUGGUGGAGUGCUGCAGAGAUGUUUGUCCUUCUGGAAGGUUCUCCCAUUCCACAGAGGAGCUCUGUCAGAGUGACCAUCGGGUUCUUUGUCAUCUCCCUGACCAAGUCCCUUCUCCCCCCCAUUGCUCAGUUUGGCCGGUCGGCCAGCUCUAGGAAGAGUCUUGAUGGUUCCAAACUUCUUCCAUUUAAGAAUGAUGGCGGCCACUGUGUUCAGAAAUAUUUUGGUACACUUCCCCAGAUCUGUGCCUCGACACAAUCCUGUCUCGGAGCUCUACAGAGAAUUUCUUCGACCUCGUGGCUUGUUUUUUUGCUCUGAUAUGCACUGUCAGCUGUGGGACCUUAUAUAGACAGGUGUGUGCCUUUCCAAAUCAUGUCCAAUCAAUUGAAUUUACCACAGGUGGACUCCAAUGAAGUUGUGGAAACAUCUCAAGGAUGAUCAAUGGAAACAGGAUGCACCUGAGCUCAAUUUUGAGUCUCAUAGUAAAGGGUCUGAAUACUUAAGUAAAUAAGGUAUUUUUAAAAUAUUUUGCAGAAAUGUCUAAAAACCUGUUUUCACUUUGUCAUUAUGGGGUAUUGUGUGUAGGUUGAUGAGGAUUUUUAUUUAUUUAAUAAAUGUUAGAAUAAGGCUGUAACGUAACAAAAUGUGGGAAAAGUCAAGGGGUCUGAAUUAUUUCCGAAUGCACUGUAUAUAUCACAGGUUGGUGUUACCUUAAUUGGGGAGAAUGGGCUCGUGGUAGUUGCAGAAGCAGAAUGAGUGGAAUGGUAUCAAAUACAUCAAACACAUGGUUUCAGCCAUUACUAUGAGCCGUCCUCUCCUCAGCAGCCCCCACUGAUUAUUUAUAUGUAUGUAUGUAUGUAUGUAUGUAUGUAUGUAUGUAUGUAUGUAUGUAUGUAUGUAUGUAUGUAUGUAUGUAUGUAUGUAUGUAUGUAUGUAUGUAUGUAUGUAUGUAUGUAUGUAUGUAUGUAUGUAUGUGUAUACACACACAGGGAAUAGGGUGCCAUUUGGGACGCAGAAAUACUGUGGUAGAAUUGGUGGUGUCUUUCUAUUUUUAAAAUCGUCCCAUUCCCUGCUGCCAUGGUGGUGGCUGGCUGGAUAAUCUUUUAUGAACCCCCUGCUAUGUGGCACCUGCUUGGCAGGGUUACGCUGGGUAAAGGGCACAGCACAGCUGGAAUGAAAAAAGUACAACCAGCUGUCACGUCUCUGUCUCCUGUAUGUCCCACUUCACAGCCAAAUCUGUAAUCUAAUCCAUAGGAUGCACUCAAACAAAAUGUUACACAACACGUCAGUUGGGGUCAAUUCCAUUUUCAAUUCAAUCAAAUCAGGAAGUUGGAACUGAAAUACUAACUCCCAAUAGGAAUGUUCUUCAUGAGGAAACACAUUCAUCUAAUAUUUUCUUCUGAAAGAAGUUGUGCGCUUGAAAUAUACACUUUGUGGACAGUUUAUUAGGUACACCACCCCGUUCAUGAAAAUUGUUCGCUCCUAAAGUGAGUCAUGUGGCCGUGGCUUGCUAUAUACUGUAAAGCAGGCAGACGGGCAUCUAGGCAUUCAGUUACUGUUCGAUUUAACGUUACAAUGGGCAAAAGAGUGACCUAAGUGACUGAGUGCGGCAGUGCCAGGCGAGCCGGUUCCAAUAUCUCAGAAACGGCUGGCCUCCUGGGCUUUUCACACAUGACAGUGCCUAAGAUUUACUGAGAAUUGUGCGACAAACAAAAAACAUCCAGUCAGCGGCAGUCCUGUGGGAGAAAACAGCUUGUUGAUGAGAGAGGUCGAAGGAGAAUGACAAGAAUCGUGCAAGCUAACAGGCGGGCCAAAAACACACAAAUAACGGCACAGUACAACAGUGGAGUGCAGAACGGCAUCUCGGAUCACACAACUCGUUGAUCCUUGUCACAGAUGGGCUAUUGCAACAGACGACCACACCGGGUUUCACUCCUAUCAGCUAAAAACAAGACAAUGGACAAUUGAGGAGUGGAAAAACAUCACCUGGUCCGACAAAUCCCAGUUCCUAUUGCAUCAUGCUGAUGGCAGAGUCAGGAUCUGGCGUAAGCAGCAUGAGUACAUGACGCCAUCCUACCUGGUGUCAACGGUACAGGCUGGUGGCGGUGGGUGAUGGUGGUGUAAUGGUUUGGGGAAUGUUAUCCUGGCACACGUUAGGUACCUUGAUACCAAUUGAGCAAUGUUUCAAAGCCCCGAAGAAUUCAGGCUGUUCUGGAGGCAAAGGGGGGUCCGACCCAGUACUAGAUAGGUGUACCUAAUAAACUGGCCACUGAGUGUAGUUCAUCAUAAAAACAAUGUGUCAUAUAGUUGUGUAUUUCCUCGCUCCGGGGUAAAGUUUCCCCUAGGUACAGAUCUAGGAUCAGCUUCCCCUCCCCCAAUCUUACCUUAGCUAAACCAAGAUCAGCAUCUAGGGGCAACUUCAACCUACACCUAUUUCCUCCCCAUCAGAAACAAGACUCGACCACCCUGGACAUGGAGCGGGCCAACAAGGAGAUAGAGGUGCUGAGGAAGCAGUAUGAAGCCAUGUCUCAGGAGCUGAAGGAGGCGACGCAGGAGGCCGAGGUGGCCAAGUGUCGACGCGACUGGGCCUUUCAGGAGAGAGACAAGAUAGUGGCAGAGAGAGAGAGCAUUCGGUGAGUAGAGAGAGAAACAUCCUGCAUCCCAUAGCACGUGGCCUCUAGAACCUGUCAGGAAGCCAACAGGAUGAUAGCUAAGAAACUCACAGUAUAUUAAUAUUGAAGACUCAAGGAUCAGUGGCCAGUGCUGAAAAAUUACAAGUGUUGAAAGGCUCUGUCUUAAAUUUCCAGAGAAGAUUGGGUGAUUAUUGGAUAUUUACAGAAAAUUGGACAAGCCUGAAAGGUAAUGAAUGAAUAGAUUUAGAUGACGUCGUGUGUGUGUGUCUGUCAGGACGUUAUGUGACAACCUGAGGAGAGAGAGGGACCGAGCGGUGAGCGACCUGGCAGAUGCCUUGAGGAACCUGGACGAUACCAGGAAACAGAAAAACGACGCAUCACGCGAACUCAAGGAGCUCAAGUCAGUUAGUCAUCCCUCCACAUCAUCCAUCCAUCCCUCCAUCUCUCCAUUUCGCCAUCCAUCCAUCCCUCCACAUCCCUUUAUCUUCAGAAUAUAAACCUCUCAAAACUAUUUACAGUACAGAGGAAUAUAACCCUAUUAUGUAACUUUGCCAGUUCUGUAACUUGAUUUGAAGUACUGUAGGUUUUGGUUCUUUACAACCAGGUUUUUAUUGCCACCUAGUGGUUGAAAUGUGAAUCUAACAACUGGCUGUCUGUACAUUUAUAAGUUGGUCUUCAAAUGGAAAGGUUGUUUUCAAAGUUUCUCUCUCUUUCUACAGAGAAAGGAUUGAAGACCAGUUGGAAAAGGAGGCAAGUUUUCGUCAGCUGAUGGCUCAUAAUUCACACGAUUCAGCCAUCGACACCGACUCUUUGGAGUGGGAGACAGAAGUUGUGGAGUUUGAGAAAAACAGAGUAAGUGUUUAGUGCUCACCAACCUAUUUACCUUGGCCAAUUCCACAUGCAUUGCUUUGUGCUAUUGCCAAAUCGAAUUGAACCACAAAGAAUGAAUACAGUAGUAAAAGUAGUAAAACAGUAGUAAUAUUCAGAGAAACAAAUCAUGGACCCAUUUUAGAUAAGAUAUGCCUUUUUAAUGCUAACAUGAGGAAAUAAUGAUGCUUUAUUUAUGUUGUUAUUUCAGGAGGACAUGGAUAUAAAAGCACUUGGUUUUGACGUUGCCGAGGGGAUAAAUGAGCCAUAUUUACCAGGAGACUGUGGGAUAUUUGUGAGUAAGGUGGACAGAGGAGGUAUUGCUGAAGGAAGGUUAAGGUAAAUCACACUUGAUGGCCUUCUUCCUACUUUUGAAAAACAUACCGUUAUUAUUAAUCAUCCACUGUGUACAGCUCUGCUUGGUUGCGUCUUUUCUCUACAAAGUAAAUGAUUGGUUGCUCUUCUCUCUACAGAGUGAAUGAUUGGCUGUUGAAGAUAAACAAUGUGGACCUGACCAAUAAGGACAGGAAGCAGGUUCUGAAGGCAGUGCUGAGUGGAGAGGGAGUGAUCAAUAUGGUGGUCCGCAGGAGGAAAUCUCUGGGAGGACGCUUAAUCACUCCUAUUGAGAUCAACCUCACAGGAUACAAAGGUAUCACUCCUAUACAGCUAAAACUCACACACUAAAAACAAGUGCCAAAUAAGUGUUCUUUGGCUUGUAACCAUAGCGUAUCCCUUUUUGGUGCUAUAUAGAACCUUUUUUUAAAGGUUCUAUAAAGAACCAUGCUCAUAAGGUUCUAAAUGGAACCUUUAUGGUGCUAUAAAGAACCAAUUCCAAACUAUAAAAAAAAAGGGCACCAAAAAUGAUUCUGCUAUCAUUACAACCCCUUUUGGUGGGUGCUGCAUAGAACCCUUUUUAAUGGUUAUUUUACAAAACCUUUGUCUCAAUCUCAAAGGUUCUACAUUGAACCGUUUGAAGAACAAUACUGGGUUAUUUUUAAUAAAAUGUGUGUAUGCUGAAGACAUGACGUUAUCCUCCCUGUUUCCCCCAGACAGUGGUAUAGGUCUGGAGAGUGGGGUGUUUGUAGCUGGGGUCACUCCGGGCUCUCCAGCAACCAAGGAGGGUUCACUCACAGUCGGAGAUAGACUCAUCGCUGUACGUAUCACAUUACACCUGCUUUUAUUAUGAAAGCUAAUAUUGUUUUGCUACUAUAACUGGGCCUGUGUCCAUAAAGCAUCUCUGAAUAGGAGUGCUUAUCUAGGAUCAGUUUUGCCUUUUAGAUUCAAAUUAAUGAUUAGGGGGGGACCUAAUCCUAGAUUAGUACUCAUACUUUAUGAAUAAAUGGGAUUGUGUUUUUUGUAUGAUUUAGUUUUUUGUUUAUCUGUGUUUUCUUUGUAUUUACUAUUUAUAUAUUUAUUGAUUGCAUUUGAUAUUUGAUGUGUGUAUUUCUGUAUUCUGCAGGGUUCAUUUGUAAGAGACCUGGGUCUCAAUAUGACUCCCUUUUAAAAUAAAGGUUAAAUAAAUAAAAUGUAUAUGAAGCCUUAUAUAUGACCUAAGUUGAAGGUGACCAUUACUGACCUCUAUUGUAAAUACAUGGUCACGUGAUAAUAAUAUAUUUUUGUGUGCAAAUCUCAGCUUGUUGUUUAUGACCAACCGGAUUCUCCCAAUAGUAAUUUUGCAUCAUCAUAUCUUAAUUGCAUUUCAUAACAAAUUCAUGGAUCCCCAGACAGUUUGCAUGCAUAUUACCUUGGUGACCGUAUUCAUUUAUAAAUCAUUUGGGCUAUGUCUCAAAUGGCACCCUAUUCCCUAUAUAGUGCACUACUUUUAACCAGAGCCCUAGUCGUAGUGUACUACAUAGGGAAUAAGAGGCCAUUUGGGACGCACACUUGGGAGUAUUUAAGUGAAGACCUGCUUGCUUCCCUGCUAUAACAUUGUUUUGAUACGAAGUGCUGACCUCAUUUUCCCCUCCACAGAUAAAUGGAAUUGCACUAGAUAACAAGUCACUGUCUGAGUGUGAAGCUUUACUGCGGAGCUGCAGAGAUGCUCUCAGCGUCUCUCUCAUCAAGGUGAGUUAAGGCUGUGUGGCUCCCAAAUGCCACCCUAUUCCCUAUGUAGUGCACUACUUUUGACCACGGUUUUGGUCAAAAGUAAUGCAAUAUAUAGGGAAUAGGGUGCCAUUAGGGAUGUCUUCAUCUACUGGCUCAGUUAUAAAUGCUGUAUCCAAUAGAUAGAUGUUAGCAUGAGCUGUGGAAUGAAUAUCUUGAACUGAUAAUGGUGGCUGAGAAAAUUUGAAAUAUAUUAUUGUAUUGGAACUGGUUGGUAUGUUUAUUUAUAAAUAAAUGUUUAUUUAGUCUAUUAAGCUGAGGUAUUAAGUUAUAGUAACCUGUAUUGGCAUGUACUGUACCUUCCAGUAAUGGGCAAGUAAUAAUCAUGUUUCCUCAAUUUUUUUUAAACAGUCAGUGCCUUCAGAAAGUAUUCAUACAAUUUCAUUUAUUCCACAGUUUGUUGCGUUACAGCCUGAAUUCAAAAUUGAUUAAAUAUAUUUUUUUCUCACCAACAAUACCCCAUAAUGACAACAUGAUUUACAUAAGUAUUCACACCCCUUUUGCAAUGACACUCCAAAUUGAGCUCAGGUGCAUCUAAUUUCCUUUGAUCAUCCUUGAGAUGUCACUACAACUUGAUUGGAGUCCCCUGCGGCCAAUUCAAUUGUUUGGACAUGAUUUAGAAAGAAACACACCUGUCUAUAUAAGGUCCCACAGUUGACAGUUUAUGUCAGAGCAGAAACUAUACCAUGAAGUCCAAGGAACUGUCUGUAGAUCUCUGAGAUAUAAUUGUGAUGAGGCAUAUAUCUGGGGAAUGGUAUGAAACAAUUGCUAGAGUGUUCAAAGUUUCCAAGAGGACAGUGGUCUCCAUCAUUGGGAAAUUGAAAAAAUAUGGAACUACCUAGUCUCUGCCUAGAGCUGGCCGUCUGACCAAACUGAGCACCUGGCAAGAAAGACCUUGGUCAGAGAGGUGACCAAGAACCCAGAGUUCCUUGGCUGAGAUGGGAGAACCUGCCAGAAGGACAACAGUCUCUACAGCAAUUCAACAAUCUAGGCUUUAUGGGAGAGUGGCCAGACAGAAGCCACUGCUGAGAAAAAGGCAACAUGACAGCACGCCUGGAGUUUUCAGAAAGGCACGUGAAAGUCUCUGAGUGCAUAAGGCAAAAUAUUCUGUGGUCUGAUUGUCACGAUCGUGUGAAGGAUGAGACCAACGCGCAGCGUGUUGAGUGAACAUCGUAGACUUUAUUAAGUUAAAGCACGACAAAACAAUAAACCACGAUCAAUGAAGUUCCACGGUGCACUCACCGUAACGGAAACAAAAACCCACAACCCCACAGGAAAACAUACAGAAAUAAAUAUGGCUCCCAAUCAGAGAUAACGAGCCGAACAGCUGACACUCGUUACCUCCGAUUGGGAGUCAUAAACAAACCUAGAAAAACAACAACCUAGACACCCAACAUAGAACACAAACACAUAGACUGCACACACCCUGGAUAAACAAUAAUGAGUCCCAACACCAGGGUGUGACAGUACCCCCCCCUAAAGGCGCGCACUCCGGGCGCACCAGCAUACCGUCUAGGGGAGGGUCUGGGUGGGCGUCUGUCCAGGUGGCGGCUCUGGCCCAGGUCGUGGUCCCCACCCCACCAUAGUCAUUACCCACUUACUUAGCCUCCUACACAUUACCACCCCCCAACUACACCCCACUGGGUUAAGGGGCGGCACCGGACUAAGGGGCAGCACCGGACUAAGGACCAGCACCGGGAUAAGGGGCAGCACCGGACUAAGGACCAGCACCGGGAUAAGGGGCAGCACCGGGCUAAGGGGCAGCACCGGGCUAAGGACCAGCACCGGGCUAAGGACCAGCACCGGGAUAAGGACCAGCACCAGUCUAAGGAACAGUACCUGACUAAGUGGCAGCUCCGGACUGAAUGGCGGAUCCUGGCUGGCUGGCUCUGGCGGAUCCUGCUGCUCAUGGCUGGCUGACGGAUCUGGCUGCUCAUGGCAGGCGGAAGGCUCUGGCUGAUCCCGUCUGGCGGAAGGCUCUGGCUGAUCCGGUCUGACGGAAGGCUCUGGCUGCUCCUGUCUGGCGGAAGGCUCUGGCUGCUCCUGUCUGACAGAAGGCUCUGGCUGAUCCUGUCUGGCGGAAGGCUCUGGCUUAUCCUGUCUGGCGGAAGGCUCUGGCUGAUCCUGUCUGGCGGAAGGCUCUGGCUGAUCCUGUCUGGCGGAGAGCUCUAGCGGCUCCGAUCUGGCGGACGGCUCUGAAGGCUCAUGGCAGACGGGCGGCUUUGUAGGCUCUGUACAGACGGGUAGUUCAGACGGCGUUGGGCAGACGGACAGUUCAGACGGCGUUGGGCCGACAGGCAGUUCAGGCGCCGUUGGGCAGACGGGCAGUUCAGACGGCGUUGGGCAGACGGGCAGUUCAGACCCCGUUGGGCAGACGGACAGUUCAGGCCCCGUUGGACAGACGGCAGACUCUGGCCGUCUGAGGCGCACCGUAGGCCUGUUGCGUGAUGCCGGAACUGGAGGUACCGGGCUGAGGACACGCAUCUCAGGGCUAGUGCGGGGAGUCGGAACAGGGCAUGCUGGACCCUGGGGACUCCCAUAACGCCUAGUGCGGGGAGCCGGAACAGGGCAUGCUGGACCCUGGGGACUCACCUCACGCCUAGUGCGGAGAGCAGGAACAGGCCGGGCUGGGCUGGUGAGGCGCACCGUAUCCCUGGUGCGUGGAGUAGGAACAGACCGGGCUGGGCUGGCGAAGCGCACCGUAUCCCUGGUGCGUGGAGUAGGAACAGGCCGGGCUGGGCUGGCGAAGCGCACCGUAUCCCUGGUGCGUGAAGUAGGAACAGGCCGGGCUGAGCUGGCGACGCGCACCUUACACUUAGUGCGAGGGACCGGAACAGGCUGUACCGUACGGGGAACACACACUACUGGCUGCACCUUGGGACUAGGAACGGGCCGGACCGAACUGGUUACACACCCCAGUACCUCACGCCGUGCCUCAACACCUUCCCUCUCUGCUUUACCCAGUAGCCCCCUUGACCUGGUAGCCCACUGAAUCCUACCCUUCUCUGCCUCCGUCAGCCCCCUUAACCUGGCCGCCUUCUGACUCUCCCUUGUGGCAGCCUCCUGCUGCUCCGUCGCCCAAGCCAUGUGCCCCCCCCCAAAAAUUUCUUGGGGUUGCCUCUCGUCCUUACGACGUUGAACCUGCUGCCGCCGAUGCUCCUCUCUUGCCAGGGCCUUGAUCUUCCCCCAAGGUCCCUUGCCUCCGAGCAUGUCCUCCCAGGACCACACUGUGCCCACCUGGGCCAUCGCCAGCCUCUCCAUCUCCUUGCCCGGCGCCUCCUCCCAUGUCCAGUCACCUUGCUCCUGGACACGCUGCUUGGUCUUUCUUUGGUGGGUUUUUCUGUCACGAUCGUGUGAAGGAGCAGACCAACGCGCAGCGUGUUGAGUGAACAUCGUAGACUUUAUUAAGUUAAAGCACGACAAAACAAUAAACCACGAUCAUGAAGUUCCACGGUGCACUCACCGUAACGGAAACAAAAACCCACAACCCCACAGGAAAACAUACAGAAAUAAAUAUGGCUCCCAAUCAGAGAUAACGAGCCGAACAGCUGACACUCGUUACCUCCGAUUGGGAGUCAUUGAACAAACCUAGAAAAACAACAACCUAGACACCCAACAUAGAACACAAACACAUAGACUGCACACACCCUGGAUAAACAAUAAUGAGUCCCAACACCAGGGUGUGACACUGAUGAGACAAAAAUUGAACUCUUUGGCCAGUAUGAAAAUGUAUGCACUCACUAACUGUAAGUCGCUCUGGAUAAGAGCGUCUGCUAAAUGAUUAAAAUGUAAAAAAAUGAACACCAUCCCGACGUGAAGCAUGGUGGUGGCAGCGUCAUGCUAUGGGGAUGCUUUUCAGCGGCAGGGAUUGGGAGACUGGUAAGGAUAGAAAGAACAAUUGAGCCAAAUACAGGAAAAUACUUGAUGAAACCUGCUUCAGAGUGCAAACGACCUUAGACUGGGAUGAAGAUUUACGUUCCAACAGGACAAUGACCCCAAGCAUACAGCCAAAGCAAUGCUGAAAUGGCUUCAGAACAAGAAUGUGAAAGUCCUUGAGUGGCCCAGCCAAAGCCCAGACUUGAAUCCCAUUGAACAUUUGUGGAAAGACUUGAAGAUUGCUGUUCACUGCUACUCCCCAUCUAGCUUAGAACUUGAGAAAAUCUGCAAGGAAGAAUGGGAGAAAAUCCCCAAAUCCAGAUGUGCAAAGCUGAUGUAGACAUACCCAAGACAACUCGGCGCUUCUAUAGAGUAUUUGCUCGGGUGUGAAUACUUAUGUAAAUGAAAUAUUACUGUAUAUCAUUUUCAAUAAAUUAGCAAAAAUGUAUAAAAACAUGUUUUCACUUUGUCAUAAGAUAACUAGGUGGGGCUUACAUUUGUCCUAUUUCACACAUGUACAAGUUUGUAUUUUGCAAAUCCCACUCCCCCUGAGACACCCUCAGAGAGCCAUUAUUGACAGCAACCCUGGAGCAAUAAGGGUUAAGUGCCUUGCUCAAGGGCACAUUGACAGAUUUUUUGGUUCAGGGAUUGGAACCAGCCACAUUUCAGUUACUGGCCCAACACUCCUAACCACUUGGCUACCUGCCACCAGAGUUCAUUAUGGGAUGUUGUGUGAGAAAUCCAUUUUGAAUUCAGGCUGUAACAUAAAAUGAAAAUGUGGAAUAAGUCUUCUUCUUUCUGAAGGCACUGUAAAUGUUUCCCGGUCACAAACUUUAGGACUAUGAACAACCUGAGUGGAAACGAUGCGUUGACUGUAAUGACCUCUUGUUUGCCCCUCACGCAGUUCCUCCCACAGAGUUGCUCCGGCCAGAGUAUCUUCGAAAACCUGCGAGACGCCUCAGAGAAGACCUCCAACUGCCGCUUGCUCCACUCCUGCCCGGAGGUCCACUCCUGGCACUCCCGGAACUCCAAGCACAACAACAGCUCUACCCAGACGGACAUGUUCUGCCCUGAAAUUGGCUCCAGUGGUGGAGAGAGACACAACCAUCACAACAAAGACAGGAGUCAGAGUGACAUUGUAGACAACAACAGUAGAGAUGGCUCCCUCUGCCAUUACAACAAGCCAUUCUCCAGUAGCUCCAUGUACUCCCGCUCUCUGUCCCACAGGGGGAGCUGUCUGCAGCACAGCCCAGUUAGUUCAGCGCCCCUGGGGUCCCCAGAGCCCCACCAGGACUACUGCUACAAGAGAGGGGAGUCACACAGCAGACGACCUCUCACUUUCACCCCUGUGGCCUCCGACUGUAUUACCCUGCAGGUUUGUCUUGGAAGGAUGGAGGGAGGGGGAGGAAUGGAUGGAUGGUUGGAAGGGUGGAUUGAUGUGGAGGUAAGGGGAAGAAUGGAUGGAGGGAUGGAUUGACUUCCAUGGCUUACUUUGUAGUUUUUAGCAAUCUCUACCUACAUUCCCCAGCCCUCUUGGACUGCAUGUAAAGUUUAAUAUUUAAUAGCUCCAGAACGUUAUUGUUUGUAAUGUGUGUUGUAAUGUUGUUAUGUGUAAGACUGUAACAUUUCCAUUUCCACCCCGGGGUUCUAUUCUAUUCAGAGCACGCUGCUGGACAGAGACAGAGACAGAGGAGGAGGAGAGGAAGGACACACCACUACUCCAGAGAGCGAGAAGCCGAGCGGAGGCACCUGGCCUAAAGUCAUGGUGGGUGCGUCCAUCCCCGAGUGUGCCCAGCUCUCCAUCUAUAAGAAGCCCAAGCAGAGGAAGUCCAUCUUCGACGCGGAGACCUUCAAACGGCCCGAGGCGCCCUCCAAACUGGACUACCUCUCCCUGUCCCAGCUACCAAAACACUCCCUGCAGGACUCUCAGUCUGAGGUGGGGACGGGGCCAGGGGUGGGGAUAGGGCAGACCCCUCCCACCCUGCCUCAGAGGAGCGAUUCGUUCAGGUUCAAACACCGCCAUCAGACCAGCUCUGCCUCGGACUCCACCAUCACCACAGGGACAGGCACCCCUCCAACCACCCCGGGCCAGGCACAAGGUGGCCUACCCCUGGUGGGCAAACAACAGGAGGGGGGGGGGCUGGAGGGUCGAGACAGAGCGAAAGACAGAGAUUGGGACAGAGAUGGGGAAAGAGACAGAGAAAGUCGAGAUCGAGACAGAGACAGGGACAGUGAGAAGCAACAUUACUACAUAGACCCUCCUGGAGAGGGGAAGCAGCCAAUUAUCAGCUCCAGGAAGUCAUGUGAUGAGGAUGUAGGCAGGCAGAGGGGGGAGGAGCUGGACAGGGACAGGAGAAGGUACCGGCCCAAAUCAGCCCCUGCGUUACGCCGGAACAUGACCCCUCUACACAUCCACAUCCCUAUCCAGGUAAUGAACAUCCCUGAAUGAUUGAUUGGUUGAUUUAUUGAUUGGUUGUUUGGUUGAUUAAGUAAUUGAGCCCUGUGGCUGUGCUUUGCCAAACUUUCCAAGUUUCCUUUUGAUACGAUGUUGAUAUUCUUAUUGAUUCGCUAUUACACUCAACAAAUAUUCACUAUACAAUAAACUCCUUUGUUUUCCACACACUGCAUUUAGUGUCAGUGUGUGUUACUAGAGCUGAUAGUUCCUAUCUGUCUUUACUGUAGGUCCAGAAUGUCUCUAAGGACGAGGCGUCUCCAGAGCCGGUGGACUUGGUGCGUUUCUGUCCCACGCGUUCCCAUCGUUACAGCAUGCCUUUGGUACCACCAGGAUACAGCAGCACAAUGGCUGCACGUAAGUCUCCUGUUACAACUAUCUGAACAAGUAAUUGUAUAUUAGAUUAUCUCUGUACGGCCAUUAAAGAUGUUUUUUCUAAUAUUAUUUUGUCCACUCACUGAACUGUGUUUCAGUACAGGUGUGAUAUUGCACCUGAUCGCUUUCAUUUCCUGUUUUCUUAACUCUUACUUGCCCUGAUUUCACAGAUAGCGGCUAUUUUGAAUUGUGAAUAUUGUGAUCAUGUGUCUUUUUUACCUUAUUGCAUGGUAAAACGUAGAAGAGCGUCUGCUAAAUGACUAAAAUGUAAAUGUCGCUGUUUUUGGUCAUCCAGAUCCCGGACACAGAGGUCUAGCCCCAUGUCCUGCUGUCACCGCUGUGAUGAGGAACCCAGUCUAUACCGCCUGGAGUCAUGAUGUUCACACUAACAACAACUGUCCUCCUGCACCCACCUCAGGCAACCACUCACACUCUCACCCCAGGUAGAUACCCCUCCUCAAUUCCAAGCCAAUUCCAGGUAUCCCAGGUCUGAAUCAGUCCCUGAUUCAAAGGCAGUAAUUAAAACCGGAACUUCAUGUCAACAAUGUUCUUAAUGAUCUAGAUCUUACAAUAUGCACUGCUCAAAAAAAUAAAGGGAACACUUAAACAACACAAUGUAAUUCCAAGUCAAUCACACUUCUGUGAAAUCAAACUGUCCACUUAGGAAGCAACACUGAUUGACAAUACAUUUCACAUGCUGUUGUGCAAAUGGAAUAGACAACAGGUGGAAAUUAUAGGCAAUUAGCAAGACACCCCCAAUAAAGGACUGGUUUUGCAGGUGGUGACCACAGACCACUUCUCAGUUCCUAUGCUUCCUGGCUGAUGUUUUGGUCACUUUUGAAUGCUGGCGGUGCUUUCACUCUAGUGGUAGCAUAAGACGGAGUCUACAACCCAUACAAGUGGCUCAGGUAGUGCAGCUCAUCCAGGAUGGCACAUCAAUGCGAGCUGUGGCAAGAAGGUUUGCUGUGUCUAUCAGCGUAGUGUCCAGAGCAUGGAGGCGCUACCAGGAGACAGGCCAGUACAUCAGGAGACGUGGAGGAGGCCGUAGGAGGGCAACAACCCAGCAGCAGGACUGCUACCUCCGCCUUUGUGCAAGGAGGAGCAGGAGGAGCACUGCCAGAGCCCUGCAAAAUGACCUCCAGCAGGCCACAAAUGUGCAUGUGUCUGCUCAAACGGUCAGAAACAGACUCCAUGAGGGUGGCAUGAGGGCACGACGUCCACAGGUGGGGGUUGUGCUUACAGCCCAACACCGUGCAGGAUGUUUGGCAUUUGCCAGAGAACACCAAGAUUGGCAAAUUCGCCACUGGCGCCCUGUGCUCUUCACAGAUGAAAGCAGGUUCACACUGAGCACAUGUGACAGACGUGACAGAGUCUGGAGAUGCCGUGGAGAACGUUCUGCUGCCUGCAACAUCCUCCAGCAUGACCGGUUUGGCGGUGGGUCAGUCAUGGUGUGGGGUGGCAUUUCUUUGGGGGGCCGCACAGCCCUCCAUGUGCUCGCCAGAGGUAGCCUGACUGCCAUUAGGUACCGAGAUGAGAUCCUCAGACCCCUUGUGAGACCAUAUGCUGGUGCGGUUGGCCCUGGGUUCCUCCUAAUGCAAGACAAUGCUAGACCUCAUGUGGCUGGAGUGUGUCAGCAGUUCCUGCAAGAGGAAGGCAUUGAUGCUAUGGACCGCCCAUUACCCAGACCUGAAUCCAAUUGAGCACAUCUGGGACAUCAUGUCUCGCUCCAUCCACCAACGCCACGUUGCACCACAGACUGUCCAGGAGUUGGCGGAUGCUUUAGUCCAGGUCUGGGAGGAGAUCCCUCAGGAGACCAUCCGCCACCUCAUCAGGAGCAUGCCCAGGCGUUGUAGGGAGGUCAUACAGGCACGUGGAGGCCACACACACUACUGAGCCUCAUUUUGACUUGUUUUAAGGACAUUACAUCAAAGUUGGAUCAGCCUGUAGUGUGGUUUUCCACUUUAAUUUUGAGGGUGACUCCAAAUCCAUACCUCCAUGGGUUGAUACAUUUGAUUUCCAUUGAUACUUUUUGUGUGAUUUUGUUGUCAGCACAUUCAACUAUGUAAAGAAAAAAGUAUUUAAUAAGAUUAUUUCAUUCAUUCAGAUCUAGGAUGUGUUAUUUUAGUUUUACCUUUAUUUUUUUGAGCAGUGUAGCUAAACAUAGAUAUGUAAUAAUUGGCUGCAUUAAUCUGAUGACUCUGUUCUUCUCCUAAAGUCCCCAGCACCAAGGUCGUCUGAGCCUGGACUUGAGCCAAAAGCGAUCUGGUGACUUAACGUCAGAUUCAUCGUCCCAUAGCCAGGCACCACACAGCACCAACUCCCUGCCCUCCAGUGCCAGACUGGGUCAGUGAAUGAACAAAUUAAUGAAUGCAUGCGUGAAUGAACAAACAAAUUAAUGAAUAAAUACAAACUUUAUUGAGCCGAAGAUAAUUUGAUUUUUACACCAUGAGCACAGGAAUCAUUUACACUUUAGCAGACGCUCUUAUCCAGAGCGACUUAUAGUAGUGAGUGGAUAUAUUUUUGUACUUUCUUUCCUGUACUGGUCCCCCAUGGGAAUCGAACCCACAACCCUGGCGUUGGAGCACCAUGCUCUUCCAACUGAGCCACACGGGAUCAUACAUGUAGUCCUUUUACUAUCGUGUCUCCCGAGUGCUAGCUGUGCCAGUAGAGAUCCUGGUUCGAAUACAGGCUCUAUCGUAGCCGGCCGCGACCGGGAGACCCAUGGGGCGGCGCACAAUUGGCCCAGCGUCGUCCAGGGUAGGGGAGGGAAUGGCCGGCAGGGAUGUAGCUCAGUUGGUAGAGCAUGGCGUUUGCAACGCCAGGGUUGUGGGUUCGAUUCCCACGGGGGGCUAAGAUAAGAGCAUCUGCUAAAUGACUAAAAUUUAUAUUAGUAUGGUAUGGUCUUGGCAUGAAUGAUAUUAACAUGUAAGAUUUUCCAUUUUCUUACCCCUCUAAGAUGGAGGUUGUUAGUACUGUUAGUCUGUAUGUUACUACUGGUAACUCACCUCUUAUCUGUUUAUGAUCUUGACAGGUUCCUCUGGUAAUUUACAGUUCCGGGCAGAGCGUAUUAAAAUCCCCCCUACUCGAUACCCACGCUCUGUUGCAGGGUCUGAUAGAGGUAGGUUGUUUCUCUCCUGCUGCUACAAGGCUCCAUAUUUGCAGUCCUCUGAGAGUCAGUGUAUGAGCUUAUUGAGUUAUGUAUGUAUAUAUUGAAUAGUGUUUCAUGAAUGUAUUUGAAGGGAUUGAAUUAUUUUUAUGAGCCCAUCAAUUAUGUGGUAACAAAAGUAGCAGUUCUUUACCUAUAGGCAUGGGAUGACAACACAGUAGUAACCUAUGUGAUGACAACACAGUAAUAACCUAUGGGAUGACAACACCGUAAUAACCUAUGGGAUGACAACACAGUAGUAACCUAUGGGAUGACAACACAGUAGUAACCUAUGGGAUGACAACACAGUAGUAACCUAUGGGAUGACAACACAGUAGUAACCUAUAGGAUGACAACACAGUAGUAACCUAUGGGAUGACAACACAGUAGUAACCUAUGGGAUGACAACACAGUAGUAACCUAUGGGAUGACAACACAGUAAUAACCUAUGGGAUGACAACACCGUAAUAACCUAUGGGAUGACAACACAGUAGUAACCUAUGGGAUGACAACACAGUAGUAACCUAUGGGAUGACAACACAGUAGUAACCUAUGGGAUGACAACACAGUAGUAACCUAUGGGAUGACAACACAGUAGUAACCUAUGGGAUGACAACACAGUAGUAACCUAUGGGAUGACAACACAGUAGUAACCUAUGGGAUGACAACACAGUAGUAACCUAUGGGAUGACAACACAGUAGUAACCAAUGGGAUGACAACACAUUAAUAACCAAUGGGAUGACAACACAUUAAUAACCUAUGGGAUGACAACACAUUAAUAACCUAUGGGAUGACAACACAUGAAUAACCUAUGGGAUGACAACACAUGAAUAACCUAUGGGAUGACAACACAUGAAUAACCUAUGGGAUGACAACACAUGAAUAACCUAUGGGAUGACAACACAUUAAUAACCUAUGGGAUGACAACACAUUAAUAACCUAUGGGAUGACAACACAUUAAUAACCUAUGGGAUGACAACACAGUAGUAACUUUGUUUCUCCUCCCUCUCCUUUCUUCCACCAUGUCACCCUCCUCUCACCGUCACCCCACCAGGGUCGUUGUCCCACUCAGAGUGCAGCUCCCUGUCCCACUCCACUCCUCCCAUGUCCCCCGUCAACCUAGAGACAACAUCCUUCGCCAGCAGCCAAUCACAGAGCUCUAUCUCCACCAGCGCCAGCCAGCCCAGGAUAUCAGUCAGCCCUGCUCUAAUAGGGGACCGACGGAAUGACAGGUACAAACACGCAUGCACGCACGCAUACACAGCGUGAAAACACACACACACACAUAGACACACAUGCACGCACGCACACAUCCACACACGCACACACACAUGCACACAGCCACAAAUGUGCGCGCAUGCACAUGGGCACACACACAAUCAGCACACUAGAGUCCUACAUGGGUCAGUUUUUUGGAGCCACACCCGCCCCGUGCCUGCCACAUCCAUUCCGAGCCCCAUCCAAUACCCCACAUCAGGACACAUUAUUCUCUGCAACCCGACCCACCCGCAUAGAAUAGUUCCGAGAGCUGAUCUGUGACUCACAAAAUAAUAUCAAUUUAUUUAAUUGUUUUUAUGACUCCAGAGUAGUAUGAUUUUAUUCCCCUUCCCUGCAUUAAUUCAUUUGUCUGCAUGUCUAUUCAACAUUUGGAUAAAAGGAAACCAUGCCAUGAAUUAAGAACAAUAUCUUAUUUUCUUCACAAUGCGAUGCGGCACAUUGACAACUCAAAUCGCCUUCUAAUUAGCCUUCUUACCUAAUGAAAGCAUAUAGCCGACAUAACAAAACAAUACCUCUACAUUCAAUAUUGUUUAGAUAAUCAAAUAGUUUAAUUGAAACUUAAAUGAACAAUUCCCAGAAUUGAAUAUAGCCUACAAAAAUAAAUGUAUUUAGUUGGCUAUACUCAAACUUUCACCAGCUGCACCGGUUUAAACUUUAUAUAGCGUAUGUAUGGUCUAAAUGAACAAAUUGAUAAUUAACUAAAUUAUUGUAAACAAAUACCUUCUGGACACUUUUUGCAGGCUGUAUAAGCCAUCCAUCUACUGGGUUGUUGUCCUUGUCCACAGUGACCAGGGAUUUCACUCGGCAGCACUUUUUUCCACGAUGGUGUAUUCCCUUUCUUUUUAUUUCUCUGGUUACGUUAGCCAUUUUCGCGUGAGCUAGGCUAGCUAGGGAAAGUCAACUUGGCAAUGUAUUGUCAUGUGGGGUGGGGGGACGGAACAUAGCUCUGCACGUGGACCAAUUAGAAUGUUUCAGCAUCACACAAAGAGACAGUCCCUGCUCCACACCUACUGCCUCCCUGCUCCACACUCUCUCACUGCCUGGCUGGUAGCCUACUGCCUCCCUGCUCCACACUCUCUCACUGCCUGGCUGGUAGCCUACUGUCUCCCUGCUCCACACUCUCUCACUGCGUGGCUGGUAGCCUACUGUCUCCCUGCUCCACAUUAUCUCACUGCCUGGCUGGUAGCCUACUGCCUCCCUGCUCCACACUCUCUCACUGCGUGGCUGGUAGCCUACUGCCUCCCUGCUCCCCAUCUCUCACUGCCUGGCUGGUAGCCUACUGCCUCCCUGCUCCACACUCUCUCACUGCCUGGCUGGUAGCCUACUGUCUCCCUGCUCCACACUCUCUCACUGCCUGGCUGGUAGCCUACUGCCUCCCUGCUCCACACUCUCUCACUGCGUGGCUGGUAGCCUACUGCCUCCCUGCUCCCCAUCUCUCACUGCCUGGCUGGUAGCCUACUGCCUCCCUGCUCCACACUCUCUCACUGCCUGGCUGGUAGCCUACUGCCUCCCUGCUCCACACUCUCUCACUGCCUGGCUGGUAGCCUACUGCCUCCCUGCUCCACACUCUCUCACUGCGUGGCUGGUAGCCUACUGCCUCCCUGCUCCACACUCUCUCACUGCCUGGCUGGUAGCCUACUGUCUCCCUGCUCCACACUCUCUCACUGCGUGGAUGGUAGCCUACUGCCUCCCUGCUCCACACUCUCUCACUGCCUGGCUGGUAGCCUACUGUCUCCCUGCUCCACACUCUCUCACUGCCUGGCUGGUAGCCUACUGUCUCCCUGCUCCACACUCUCUCACUGCGUGGCUGGUAGCCUACUGCCUCCCUGCUCCACACUCUCUCACUGCCUGGCUGGUAGCCUACUGCCUCCCUGCUCCACACUCUCUCACUGCGUGGCUGGUAGCCUACUGCCUCCCUGCUCCACACUCUCUCACUGCCUGGCUGGUAGCCUACUGUCUCCCUGCUCCACACUCUCUCACUGCGUGGCUGGUAGCCUACUGCCUCCCUGCUCCACACUCUCUCACUGCGUGGCUGGUAGCCUACUGCCUCCCUGCUCCACACUCUCUCACUGCGUGGCUGGUAGCCUACUGCCAACUGCUCCACACUCUCUCACUGCGUGGCUGGUAGCCUACUGUCUCCCUGCUCCACACUCUCUCACUGCCUGGCUGGUAGCCUACUGCCUCCCUGCUCCACAUUCUCUCACUGCGUGGCUGGUAGCCUACUGCCUCCCUGCUCCACACUCUCUCACUGCGUGGCUGGUAGCCUACUGCCUCCCUGCUCCACACUCUCUCACUGCCUGGCUGGCAGCCUACUGCCUCCCUGCUCCACACUCUCUCACUGCCUGGCUGGUAGCCUACUGUCUCCCUGCUCCACACUCUCUCACUGCCUGGCUGGUAGCCUACUGCCUCCCUGCUCCACACUCUCUCACUGCGUGGCUGGUAGCCUACUGCCUCCCUGCUCCACACUCUCUCACUGCCUGGCUGGUAGCCUACUGCCUCCCUGCUCCACACUCUCUCACUGCGUGGCUGGUAGCCUACUGCCUCCCUGCUCCACAUUCUCUCACUGCGUGGCUGGUAGCCUACUGCCUCCCUGCUCCACCCUCUCUCACUGCCUGGCUGGUAGCCUACUGCCUCCCUGCUCCACACUCUCUCACUGCGUGGCUGGUAGCCUACUGCCUCCCUGCUCCACAUUCUCUCACUGCGUGGCUGGUAGCCUACUGCCUCCCUGCUCCACCCUCUCUCACUGCCUGGCUGGUAGCCUACUGCCUCCCUGCUCCACACUCUCUCACUGCGUGGCUGGUAGCCUACUGCCUCCCUGCUCCACAUUCUCUCACUGCGUGGCUGGUAGCCUACUGCCUCCCUGCUCCACCCUCUCUCACUGCCUGGCUGGUAGCCUACUGCCUCCCUGCUCCACACUCUCUCACUGCCUGGCUGGUAGCCUACUGCCUCCCUGCUCCACACUCUCUCACUGCCUGGCUGGUAGCCUACUGCCUCCCUGCUCCACACUCUCUCACUGCGUGGCUGGUAGCCUACUGCCUCCCUGCUCCACACUCUCUCACUGCGUGGCUGGUAGCCUACUGCCUCCCUGCUCCACACUCUCUCACUGCCUGGCUGGUAGCCUACUGCCUCCCUGCUCCACACUCUCUCACUGCGUGGCUGGUAGCCUACUGCACCCUGCUCCACACUCUCUCACUGCCUGGCUGGUAGCCUACUGCCUCCCUGCUCCACACUCUCUCACUGCCUGGCUGGUAGCCUACUGCCUCCCUGCUCCACACUCUCUCUCUGCGUGGCUGGUAGCCUACUGCCUCCCUGCUCCACACUCUCUCACUGCCUGGCUGGUAGCCUACUGCCUCCCUGCUCCACACUCUCUCACUGCGUGGCUGGUAGCCUACUGCCUCCCUGCUCCACAUUCUCUCACUGCGUGGCUGGUAGCCUACUGCCUCCCUGCUCCACACUCUCUCACUGCCUGGCUGGUAGCCUACUGCCUCCCUGCUCCACACUCUCUCACUGCGUGGCUGGUAGCCUACUGCCUCCCUGCUCCACACUCUCUCACUGCGUGGCUGGUAGCCUACUGCCUCCCUGCUCCACACUCUCUCACUGCGUGGCUGGUAGCCUACUGCCUCCCUGCUCCACACUCUCUCACUGCGUGGCUGGUAGCCUACUGCCUCCCUGCUCCACACUCUCUCACUGCCUGGCUGGUAGCCUACUGCCUCCCUGCUCCACACUCUCUCUCUGCGUGGCUGGUAGCCUACUGCCUCCCUGCUCCACACUCUCUCACUGCCUGGCUGGUAGCCUACUGCCUCCCUGCUCCACACUCUCUCACUGCGUGGCUGGUAGCCUACUGCCUCCCUGCUCCACAUUCUCUCACUGCGUGGCUGGUAGCCUACUGCCUCCCUGCUCCACACUCUCUCACUGCCUGGCUGGUAGCCUACUGCCUCCCUGCUCCACACUCUCUCACUGCGUGGCUGGUAGCCUACUGCCUCCCUGCUCCACACUCUCUCACUGCGUGGCUGGUAGCCUACUGCCUCCCUGCUCCACACUCUCUCACUGCGUGGCUGGUAGCCUACUGCCUCCCUGCUCCACACUCUCUCACUGCCUGGCUGGUAGCCUACUGCCUCCCUGCUCCACACUCUCUCACUGCGUGGCUGGUAGCCUACUGCCUCCCUGCUCCACAUUCUCUCACUGCGUGGCUGGUAGCCUACUGCCUCCCUGCUCCACACUCUCUCACUGCCUGGCUGGUAGCCUACUGCCUCCCUGCUCCACACUCUCUCACUGCGUGGCUGGUAGCCUACUGCCUCCCUGCUCCACACUCUCUCACUGCCUGGCUGGUAGCCUACUGCCUCCCUGCUCCACACUCUCUCACUGCCUGGCUGGUAGCCUACUGCCUCCCUGCUCCACACUCUCUCACUGCCUGGCUGGUAGCCUACUGCCUCCCUGCUCCACACUCUCACUGCCUGGCUGGUAGCCUACUGCCUCCCUGCUCCACACUCUCACUGCCUGGCUGGUAGCCUACUGCCUCCCUGCUCCACACUCUCUCACUGCCUGGCUGGUAGCCUACUGUCUACCUCACCGCUCACAGAACGGAAUUCGCAACACAAUGCAACACAAGUUCCUGGGUUUGUAAAACAUUUUAUUUAUUAAAGACCCACAAUAGGAUUGUUCUGAACCGCGAGCCGACCCACGGGUUGAAAUAAUGUUUUCACUCCACCCACCAGCUGAUUUUUUUUGUUGGUCACACAAACGCAUGCUUUGAGGUACCAUCCCCAUCACUUUGACUAGUUAUCUGUUGCCUCAUCAGUCAAUGGAACAUGUUGAUGUAUAUAUCCCACCUGUCUCUCUUCUGUCUGUCUUUCUGUCUCUCGUCUGUCUGUCUGUCUGUGAGUUGAUGCUGAUCUAGUGUUAGUGAUGCAGUAAAACAUCACUGUCUGGAAGCUGUGUCCCACGUCGUUUGUGAUCUUCUAUCACUUUAUCUGUAAUCUGUCUUUCCUUCCCAAUUGUCUAUCUGCAGCUCUCUCUGAAUAUUGCCUGCCUGCCUGACAUACUCUCCUUCUCUUCGCUCUCUUUCUUGCUUCCCCCCUUUGCCUCUUCACUCUUUUUCCGUCUUCCCCUCUCUUUCUUAUCUUUCCUUCUCCUCCCCCACUUUCACUUUCUUCCCUCUCCUUCCUAUCCCAUCUCUCUUCCCUCUCAUUCCUAUCCCAUCUCUCUUCCCUCUCCUUCCUAUCCCAUCUCUCUUCCCUCUCCUUCCUAUCCCAUCUCUCUUCCCUCUCCUUCCUAUCCCAUCUCUCUUCCCUCUCUGCAUCUCUGCUCUAGAUAUCUGUUCUAUAACAGAUCCUUUCUCCGCCUGCCUCUGGCUGUUAGGCCCAGGUUCUCCUCAUUACGGAGCUUGAGGUUUGUUCUACACUAGUCAGGCACACAGUAAUGGGUGCCUCUUGUUGCUUCAAUUGACAGCUGGACUCUUGAUUUUUCUAACAUUGUUAAAGUACCUGCCUGUUUUAUUUGCAAUGCUUUAAAUAAUAUGGCUCAAUUAAUGACAGGAAGCAUAUAAGAACAAGAGGAAAAGCAAUCAGUGUGCUUAAAGUCCCCAAAUUGUAAAUUCGAUGUAAAUUCCCAUUAAUUCCGAAAAGUUUUUUUUGCCACUUUGAAACUUCCUGACAUUUUGCAACGCUAAUCCUUUGCUUUUUAGAAGUCCUUAGUGAGAUGUUGAGACUAAGCUAUAACAUAAGCAGAAAAUACACAUUAUAUUCCUUUAAAGUGCCUUCAGUGCUUUUCACUAGUACCCUUAAAAUUGCAUGCCGGUGCUGUAGAAUUUUGUCUGAUCGCAUGAUUGGAACAUGAUCUGGAGCCUGGCUGGAACAUCCUUUGUAUGCAAAGCUUAUAUCUGUGUUGUAAUACGCUUUAACAGAAGGAGGCAUUCACAUUCAGGCUAGUCAGUACUUUUUCUUAUCAUUUUCAUUGGGCUUUGAUAUUUAGUAUUAUUUCAAAUUGUGCCAAAUUGAGGAUGUUUUAACAGUAUGGGUUUUGUGUAUGUGUGUGUGUGUGUGUGUGUGUGUGUGUGUGUGAGUGUGUGUGUGUGUGUCAGUAUUAGGUUUUGUAAUGUUCUUCUUUCUGUUGGUCUCCUAAAAGGCCCUAUCUGGAGGAGCCCCGUAACGUGACGGUACAGAAGGGGGCAGAACCGCUGGGCAUCUCCAUAGUGAGUGGGGAGAAUGGGGGUGUGUUCGUGUCCAAGGUGACGGCAGGAAGCAUCGCGCACCAAGCGCGGCUGGAGUACGGGGACCAACUGCUGGAGGUAUAUUUUCCUCACCUACAUUUUGGGUCAUAAUCCCAUGUAGCUCAGUUGGUGUCAUGAAUGUCUGUGGAAUGCGGUAGGCCAGAGUCAAGCGCAGGACACAGAAUGAAAUGAAAAUCUACUUUACUGAAUAGUAAAGAAACAAGCAAAACCUCCAACACAGGGAGGAGCAACCCGCUCACAAACGACACUCGUAACAAUAAACAAACACGCACAACACACAGUGGGGGCGAACAGGUUAAAUAGGGAAGGACAUAAUAUUAUAAUGGGAAACAGGUGUGCAACACUAGACCACAACCAGAUGAACAUAGAAACAUAAAACAUAGAUCGGCAGCAGCUAGUACUCCGGUGACGACGAACGCCGAAGCCUGCCUGAGCCAGAAGGAAGGGCAGUCUUGGCAGAAUCCGUGACAGUUGGUAGUGCAUGGUGCUUGCAACGCCAGGGUUGUUGGUUCAAUUCCCACAGGGAAGCAGUACGAAAAAAUGAUAAAAAUGAAUGCUUUAUUUACGUUACAAUUACACUACUGUAAGUUGCUCUGGAAAAGAGUGUCUGCUAAUGGACUUAAAUGUCAGAAAGUCAUGAUCAUUAAAGGAGGUAACCAUCAUGUGCUAUUUUUGCAUUGUAAUUUCAGAAAAUGUCCUUAAUAUAUCUGCAGUAAUAGUGGAAUGAUAGGGUUUCACAAAAUUGCAUAAAGAUGGUUCAGCCGGACCGGCUCUUGUUGUCAAAUUGGCACACUGCCUCCCAUCUAGUACCAUCUAAAUCGCUGUGAAAUAUAUAUUUUAAUUUUGUAUUGUCACAUACAGCGGUGGCAUUUCGCUACACCCGCGACUAAUACAUUUGAUUUGAAAUGUGUUGUUUUACAGGGUCAGCCAUAGCAGUACGGCGCCCCUGGAGCAAAUUAUGGUAAAGUGCCUUGCUCAAGGGCACAUCGGCAGAUUGUUCACCUUGUCGGCUCUGGUAUUCAAACCAGCAACCUUUCGGUUACUGGCACAACACUCUUAUCCCUAGGCUACCCAAAUAUAUUUUCAAUAAUGAAAAAUAUAGUAUUUUCAACUGUUUGAAGCUGGUAGACGAUACUGUAAGUAAAGGACUCAAGCGCGAGUGGUUUUUACUAGAUUACACAGCCACAAAGUCUCCGCCGUGUUGUGGGGCAACGGGAUGCGGGGGAGGGGGAAGAGUUGUUUAUUUUCAGCCUAAGUGUUGUUGCAAUUCACCUAGCUUCCACAUGGGGGACACAUUCUACAUGUAGCACCGUUAAAUCAAAAAACAUGUUUAAGUGCAAGUUACCCACAUUCUCGAUCUUAAUCUCACUCUCUAUCUCUCACCCUCUUCUUCUUACCGUUCUGUCUCUCUCUGUCUCUCUCUCUCUCCCUCUCUCUCUCUCUCUCUCUCUCUCUCUCUCUCUCUCUCUCUCUCUCUCUCUCUCUCUCUCUCUCUCUCUCGCGCUGUCUCUCUCUCUCAUCCCUCUCGCUCAUCCCUCUCUCUCUCUCUCUGUCACUCAGUCACUCUCUCACUCACUCACUCACUCACUCACUCACUCACUCACUCACUCACUCACUCACUCACUCACUCAUCUCUCUCUCUCUUAAUCUAACUGUUGUUCUUUCUUUCAGUUUAAUGGGAUCAACUUGCGGAACGCCAACGAGCAGCAGGCGAGGCUUGUGAUUGGUCAGCAGUGUGACACCAUCACAAUCCUGGCUCAGUACAACCCACACAUGUUCCAGCUGGGAAACCACUCACGCUCCAGGUAAGCGCAUGUACGCACGCACACACAGAAACACACACACACACACAGAGCUGGGAAACCUCUCUAACUCCAGGUAAUAGGAGACUGAUUUUGAUUACAUUCUCUUCAGUUCUCGUAUGGAGUCCAUCAGUGGUCAGCUUAUCCCCCAGCUCAGCGGAGACACCACCCCAGACAAUCACUCCGUCAUCGACACCUUGAGUGAGCAAGACGAAGGGACCAUGACACCACCUUCUAAACAGACCAGCCCAGCUACCAGCCCUCACAGCUCCUUCAGGUACAGGGGGUCAUUAUAUUGUAGGAAAAAAACAACAGCUGGAGCAUUCUGUUCCUUGGUGUUAGUUAAUGAUGUGUAUGAUAUUUUGAAUAUAUAUUAUGUAUGGAACAAAGCAUGGUCAAAGUAUUAAGUGGAAAGUGGUCAUCAGGGUUUAAGUCAAUUCCAUUCAUAUUCAUUCAUUUCAGGAAGUUGGAAAUUCAGUUACCUUCCUGAAUUGACCGUAUUGAAAUGAUGGUCAUUGGGUUGCCAGAUAGACUGACUGUGGGAGUUUUCAAUUCAGUCAAUUCAGGAAGUUGGAAUUUCAGUUACCUUCCUGAAUUGACCGAAUUGAAAUGAUGGUCAUUGGGUUGCCACAUAGACUGACUGUGGGAGGUAUAUCCGUCUCUGUCCAGGCUAUCUUCUCCAGGUGCAGGUUUUCGCAGGGCCCCAGAGGUGAGGCUGGUGCGGCUGAAGAAGCCCCAGGGAGAGCUGGGGUUGCAGCUCUGUGGAGGGAACCUGUAUGGUAUAUACGUUGAGAGUCUGGAGGAUGACAGCCCUGCCAAGUGUCCCGACGGACUGGUGCCCGGAGACCAAAUACUGGAGGUACAGUAUACAGCCGUAUAGUAUGGUGAAGUAUACAGUAUAGAGGUAACCUGUAUGGUACAUACGUAGAGAGUCUGGAGGACGACGGGUACAGUGCUGCUUGAAAGUAUGUGAACCCCUUGUGCAAUUACAGAUUUUUACCAUGAAAUCUUCAUUUAAUCAGAACCAGUCUUUUUGAUCUGACAUAACAGGUUUAUAUUUACCACUACCGAUGAAAUCAUGUGUGUAGUAGAAAAACUAAAUUAAAAAGGAAUUAGUGCAGUUGCAAAAAUAAGUUAACCCCAAGUUGCGUUGGUUAAAUCAAGUAGGUAAGUAGAAUCAGGUGGGUAAAUAAUUAGCUAUCAAAUGAACCAAUCAAAGGAGAGAUCGUUAGGAAAGAGUUUGGGCGGGACUCUGAUAAAUAGUAAUAAGAAACCUGGUCAGUUUGGUGUUACCUAUCCAGGUGAAUGCAAAGCACACCAUGCCGAGAGGAAAGGAGAUCUCAGAGGACAUCAGGACAAGGGUAGUGAGAGCACAUCAGUCUUGGGAAGGCUAUAAAAUCAUCUCAAAAAGAUUUGAGCUCCAUCAGUCCACUGUGAGGCAAAUAAUUUACAAAUGGAGAGCAUUUAACAUGACAGCAACUCGGUCUAGAAGUGGACGCCCUUCCAAAAUAUCCCCAAGAGCCACAAGAACAAUAAUAAAUCAGGUAAAAGCCAACCCAAACAUAACCUCUAGAGAUUUGCAGACCUCCCUUGUUGCAUCUCAGGUAACUGUGCAUGCUUCAACAAUAAGAAGAACACUGAAUCAAAAUGCCAUUCAUGGGAGGGUUGCUAGGAAGAAGCAUCUGCUGUCAAAAAAGAACUAAACUGCCCAUCUUAACUUUGCCAGAGACCACUUGGACAAGUCCAUUCUCUGGACCGAUGAGUCCAAAAUUGACAAUUUUGGUCACAAUCAACACCGCUAUGUUUGGCGAAAACCCAACACUGUCUACCACCAAAAUAACCUUAUCCCAACAGUCAAGCAUGGUGGUGGCAAGGUCAAGAUCUGGGGCUGCUUUUCCUCCUCUGGACCUGGACGACUCCACGUCAUUAAGGGAACCAUGAAUUCUGAGGUAUACCAGGAGAUUCUUGAACAGAACGUCAGGCCAUCAGUCAAGGAGCUAAAGCUGGGCCGAAAAUGGGUCUUCCAACAAGACAACGACGCAAAGCACUCAAGCAAAUCUACCAAAGAAUUGCUCAGGAGAAAGAAAAUGUGUGUUUUGGAUUGGCCAAGUCAAAGUCCUGACCUAAAUCCAAUCGAAAUGCUGUGGCAGGACCUGAAGCGGGCAGUUCAUGCCAGACACCCCUCAAACCUAACUCAAUUGGUUCUGUAAGGAGUGGGCAAAAAUCUCUCAAAACAGAUGUCAGAGACUGGUUACUGGCUAUAGGAGACAUUUAGUCCAAGUUAUCGCUGCUAAUGGAGGUGCCACAAGCUAUUGACUGAAGGGGUUCACAUAUUUUUGCACACAUCAAAUUUGAGUUUCUGUUAAAUAAACCACUUUUGUUAAAUAAACAAUGAAAAUAUAUCAUAUUUUUUGGUUUCUGUCAUUUACUUGGAAUGUCUUUAUUACGAAUUGGGGUUUAGAUGUUUAUUUUAAUAUUUUAUAGCAAAAUAAUGACCAGCCCUAUAGGGUUCACAUACUUCCAAGCAGCACUAUAUACAGUCAUGGUCAAAAGUUUUGAGAAUGACACAAGUAUUGGUCUUCACAAAGUUCAAUGCUUCAGUGUUAUGAGAUAUUUGUGUCAGAUGUUACUAUGGUAUACUGAAGUAUAAUUACAAGCAUUCCAUAAGUGUCCAGGGCUUUUAUUGACAAUUACAUUAAGUUUAUGCAAAGAGUCAAUAUUUGCAGUGUUGACCCUUCUUUUUCAAGACCUCUGCAAUCCGCCCUGGCAUGCUGUCAAUUAACUUCUGGGCCACAUCCUGACUGAUGGCAGCCCAUUCUUGCAUAAUCAAUGCUUGGAGUUUGUCAGAAUUUGUGGGUUUUUGUUUGUCCACCCACCUCUUGAGGAUCGACCACAAGUUCUCAAUGGGAUGAAGGUCUGGGGAGUUUCCUGGCCAUGGACCCAAAAUGUCGAUGUUUUGUUCCCUGAGCCACUUAGUUAUCACUUUUGCCUUAUGGCAAGGUGCUCCAUCAUGCUGGAAAAGGCAUUGGUCGUCACCAAACUGUUCUUGGAUGGUUGGAGAAGUUGCUCUCGGAGGAUGUGUUGGUACCAUUCUUUAUUCAUAGCUGUGUUCUUAGGCAAAAUUGUGUGUGAGCCCACUCCCUUGGCUGAGAAGCAACCCCACACAUGAAUGGUCUCAGGAUGCUUUACUGUUGGCAUGACACAGGACUGAUGGUAGCGCUCACCUUGUCUUCUCCGGACAAGGUGUUUUCCGGAUGCCUCAAACAAUCGGAAAGGGGAUUCAUCAGAGAAAAUGACUUUACCCCAGUCCUCAGCAGUCCAAUCCCUGUACCUUUUGCAGAAUAUCAGUCUGUCCCUGAUGUUUUUCCUGGAGAGAAGUGGCUUAUUUUCUGCCCUUCUUGACACCAGGCCAUCCUCCAAAAGUAUUUGCCUCACUGUGCGUGCAGAUGCACUCACACCUGCCUGCUGCCAUUCCUGAGCAAGCUCUGCACUGAUGGUUCCCCGAUCCCGCAGCUGAAUCAACUUUAGGAGACGGUCCUGGCGCUUGCUGGACUUUCUUGGGCACCCUGACGCCUUCUUCACAACAAUUCAACCUCUCUCCUUGAAGUUCUUGAUGAUCCGAUAAAUGGUUGAUUUAGGUGCAAUCUUACUAGCAGCAAUAUCCUUGCCUGUGAAGCCCUUUUUGUGCAAAGCAAUGAUGACGGCACACGUUUCCUUGCAGGUAACCAUGGUUAACAGAGGAAGAACAAUGAUUUCAAGCACCACCCUCCUUUUAAAGCUUCCAGUCUGUUAUUCUAACUCAAUCAGCAUGACAGAGUGAUCUCCAGCCUUGUCCUCAUCAACACUCUCACCUGUGUUAAUGAGAGAAUCAUUGACAUGAUGGCAGCUGGUCCUUUUGUGGCAGGGCUGAAAUGCAGUGGAAAUGUUUUUUGGGGAUUAAAUUCAUUUUCAUGGCAAAGAGGGACUUUGCAAUUCAUCUGAUCACUCUUCAUGACAUUCAGGAGUAUAUGCAAAUUGCCAUCAUCAGAACUGAGGCCGCAGACUUUGUGAAAAUUAGAAUUUGUGUCAUUCUCAAAACUUUUGACCACGACUGUACAGUUGAAGUCGGAAGUUUACAUACACCUUAGCCAAAUACAUUUAAACUCAGUUUUUCACCAUUCCUGAAAUGUAAUCCUAGUAAAAAUUCCCUGUCUUAGGUCAGUUAGGAUCACCACUUUAUUUUAAGAAUGUGAAAUGUCAGAAUAAUAGUAGAGAGAAUUAUUUAUUUCAGCUUUUAUUUCACAUUCCCAGUGGGUCAGAUGUUUACAUACACUCAAUUAGUAUUUGGUAGCAUUGCCUUUAAAUUGUUUAACUUGGGUCAAAUGUUACGAUCUUUGUCCCCAUGUGCAGUUGCAAACCGUAGUCUGGCUUUUUAAUGGCGGUUUUGGAGCAGUGGCUUCUUCCUUGCUGAGCGGUAUGACGGCUGCGUGGUCCCAUGGUGUUUAUACUAUUGUUUGUACAGAUGAACGUGGUACCUUCAGUUUGAGUUUUAAUGACUCCAGUGACUCCAACCUAAGUGUAUGUAAACUUCCGACUUCAACUGUACAUACAGACUCCCUGGGCCGUGUGUAGCUCUGAAGUAGAGGCAGAGUUACUCAAACAUACCUUUUUUCAAGCUAGCUACCUAUUCCAUUUUUUUUUAUGUACAGUUAAUUUGAUGUUAGCAAACUAUUCAGAGAUUCACAAACAUUUCUAUUAUUAUUUUGCUCAAUAUUGAAUUGAUGUUUUUCAACAGUACAAUGGUGUCAACAUGAAGAAUAAGACUGCAGAAGAGGCUUACCUGGAGAUGUUGAAACCGGCUGAAACGGUCACGUUUAAAGUCCAACAUCGUCUGGAUGAGUUCACCAUGCUCAAAGACUCACCAGGAGAUGGUUUUUAUAUCAGGUACCGAAACUACAGUGGGGAAAAAAAGUAUUUAGUUAGCCACCAAUUGUGCAAGUUCUCCCACUUAAAAAGAUGAGAGAGGCCUGUAAUUUUCAUCAUAGGUACACGUCAACUAUGACAGACAAAAUUAGAUUUUUUUUCUCCAGAAAAUCACAUUGUAGGAUUUUUAAUGAAUUUAUUUGCAUAUUAUGGUGGAAAAUAAGUAUUUGGUCAAUAACAAAAGUUUCUCAAUACUUUGUUAUAUACCCUUUGUUGGCAAUGACACAGGUGAAACGUUUUCUGUAAGUCUUCACAAGGUUUUCACACACUGUUGCUGGUAUUUUGGCCCAUUCCUCCAUGCAGAUCUCCUCUAGAGCAGUGAUGUUUUGGGGCUGUCGCUGGGCAACAUGGACUUUCAACUCCCUCCAAAGAUUUUCUAUGGGGUUGAGAUCUGGAGACUGGCUAGGCCACUCCAGGACCUUGAAAUGCUUCUUACGAAGCCACUCCUUCGUUGCCCGGGCGGUGUGUUUGGGAUCAUUGUCAUGCUGAAAGACCCAGCCACGUUUCAUCUUCAAUGCCCUUGCUGAUGGGAGGAGGUUUUCACUCAAAAUCUCACGAUACAUGGCCCCAUUCAUUCUUUCCUUUACACGGAUCAGUCGUCCUGGUCCCUUUGCAGAAAAACAGCCCCAAAGCAUGAUGUUUCCACCCCCAUGAUUCAUAGUAGGUAUGGUGUUCUUUGGAUGCAACUCAGCAUUCUUUGUCCUCCAAACACGACGAGUUGCGUUUUUACCAAAAAGUUCUAUUUUGGUUUCAUCUGACCAUAUGACAUUCUCCCAAUCCUAUUCUGGAUCAUCCAAAUGCACUCUAGCAAACUUCAGACGGGCCUGGACAUGUACUGGCUUAAGCAGGGGGACACGUCUGGCACUGCAGGAUUUGAGUCCCUGGCGGCGUAGUGUGUUACUGAUGGUAGGCUUUGUUACUCUGAUCACAGCUCUCUGCAGGUCAUUCACUAGGUCCCCCCGUGUGGUUCUGGGAUUUUUGCUCACCGUUCUUGUGAUCAUUUUGACCCCACGGGGUGAGAUCUUGCGUGGAGCCCCAGAUUGAGGGAGAUUAUCAGUGGUCUUGUAUGUCUACCAUUUCCUAAUAAUUGCUCCCACAGUUGAUUUCUUCAAACCAAGCUGCUUACCUAUUGCAGAUUGUCUUCCCAGCCUGGUGCAGGUCUACAAUUGUGUUUCUGGUGUCCUUUGACAGCUCUUUGGUCUUGGCCAUAGUGGAGUUUGGAGUGUGACUGUUUGAGGUUGUGGACAGGUGUCUUUUAUACUGAUAACAAGUUCAAACAGGUGCCAUUAAUACAGGUAACGAGUGGAGGACAGAGGAGCCUCUUAAAGAAGAAGUUACAGGUCUGUGAGAGCCAGAAAUCUUGCUUGUUUGUAGGUGACCAAAUACUUAUUUUCCACCAUAAUUUGCAAAUAAAUUCAUUAAAAAUCCUACAAUGUGAUUUCUGGAUUUUUUUUUCUCAAUUUGUCUGUCAUAGUUGAUGUGUACCUAUGAUGAAAAUUACAGGCCUCUCUCAUCUUUUUAAGUGGGAGAACUUGCACAAUUGGUGGCUGACUAAAUACUUUUUUCCCCCCACUGUAUGUUGUCACUCGUAAAUGUUUUCAUAUCAGAUUGUUGCACGUAUUACUUUUUGAAACAUCAGUCAACUUACUUACUACCGUAAUCCUCUUCACUUAUGGAGUCACGUCGGGCCUGUAGUCAACAUCUUACUACCGUAAUCCCCUUCACUUAUGGAGUCACGUCAGGCCUGUAGUCAACAUCUACUACCGUAAUCUCCUUCACUUAUGGAGUCACAUCGGGCCUGUAGUCAACAUCCAUCAGGUGCAAAUAAACUGCACCCGGUUUUUACAUGUCAAUAUACUUUAACUGUACAAUAUCACUGCGUCCCCCUGAAAAUGAUCUUUACAUUUUCUAAAUGAAGGCUAACCCAUCUGUGUUCCUUCUCCUUUCAGAGCACUUUAUGAGCGGGUAGCAGAGAUGGAGCUGGAGCUGAGUUUCAAGAAGGAUGACAUCCUCUACAUUGAAGACACGCUACCAAAGGGCAACUUUGGCUUCUGGAUGGCGUGGAAGUUAGAUGAGAGCGCACGCAAGCUGGCACGAGGGCAGGUCCCCAGCAAAUACAUGUAAGUCAUACUGUACCUGCCGUAAAUAAACUUGUGUCUGUAGAAAUGUUGAUACACAGAGAUAUUUAUUGAUUGCAUUUGGUAUUUGAUGUGUGUGUUUUUGCAGGGCUCAUUUGUCAAUAUGACUCCCUGUUAAAAUAAAGGUAAAAAACAUAUGAUAAGCCUUAUUAUAAGACUUUAUUAAGGCUUAUGCGUGCUAAUAAUAUGUUUAAAAAGCAUUAUAAACUGGGUGGUUCAAGCCCUGAAUGCUGAUUGGCUGACAUGGUAUAUCAGACCGUAUACCACAGGUAUGACAAACCAUUUAUUUUUACUGCUCUAAUUACAUUGGUAACCAGUUUAUAAUAGCAAUAAGGCACCUCGGCGGUUUGUGGCAUAUUGCCAAUAUACCACAGCUAAAGGCUGUGUACAGGCACGCCGCGUUGCGUCGUACAGCCCUUAGCCGUGGUAUAUUGGCCAUACACCACACUUCCUCAGGCCUUAUUGCUUAAAUAUACCAUUAACUGCAGGCAAGUAAAGUGUUACCGAACUUCACAAUGUUAUUGAACUGGGUAGUUUCUGAAUUGGUUGCAGUCUUGAUUCAUUCCAACCCGUUGUACUGUGUUUUCCCCUCAGGAUGGACCAGGAAUUAUACAGGAGACACAGCAUGCCUGAUAUGAAGGAUGAGAGCGGUACUGCCAGUAAGACCCUCUCAGCUGCCGCUCGCAGGUCCUUCUUCCGCAGGAAACAGAAGCACAAACGCUCUGGGUCUAAAGACGGGAAGGACCUAGUGGACGCCAUCAGCACUGACUCACUGCCCAUCAUGGAGGGUGAGGAAGGACCAUUCACUUCUUGCUGUACUGUAAAUGAUAACCGUGGAACAUGAAGAUUCUUGAUCCAUCUCAUGUAUGGUCAUGGAUAAAAGUGCCUCAAGUGUCAUAUGCUAUUAUUCAUGUAGGUGCAUAGCUAGUUUUCCACUGCAGUGUUCAUGAUCUCUGUGUUGACAUAGUGCUUUAACGGCUAACUACCAGAGGGUCCAGGAGGUAGAGUGAUCCAGUCCCAGAUCUGUGCUGGUUCUGGGGUUAGGGUUAGGGUAUCAUGUACAUACACACUGUAGUUUUACAUCAUUCUGCUGACGGUUCUGUGUGUUUUCUAUCUACCAGAUGGUGUGAGCCUGGCCUACCAGAGGGUCCAGAAGGUAGAGUUUUCCAGCCCCAGACCAGUGCUGGUUCUGGGGCCCCUAGUGGAGGCUAACAAGGACAUGCUGGUGAAGGAGGCCCCUGGGAGGUUCUGUCGGUGCCUACCUGGUGGGCUGUUAUGUUAUGAUAAUGCUAUGUCAUGUUAUAACAGGCCUAUGUCAUGCUAUGAUAAUGCUACGUCAUGCUAUAACAGUGCUAUGUCAUGUUAUGAUAAUGCUAUGUCAUGUUAUGACAGGAUUGUAAACCACUCAAAUAAGUAAAUUGAUUGUCAAUUAUCAUGUGUUAUUUUAUAAAGACUUAUUAAAUACUAAAAUGUGAUAAUUUUUGUCUGUCCAUUCAGAGGUGAUGAAGGCAUCUCAGCAGGCGAUAGAACGAGGGGUGAAGGACUGCGUCUUCAUAGACUUCAAACGAAGGAGCGGCCAUUUUGAUGUCACAACUGUUGCUUCCAUCAAGGAAAUCACAGAGAAGGUAUAUUUAGUUUAUUUAUUAUUAUUCAUUUUACAGUUUAGUCUUAUUGAGAUAAAAACAUAUUUUGUAGAGAAACCAGUUCAGUAUAUUUUGUACAUAGACAGGACUAGUAAAUAUCUGGAUGAAUACAUGGCAUCUAUCAUCCCAUAUUGUGACAGUGUGUAUGUUAUGGACAGUAUGACAGAACCUAACAAAAUGGCCGUUAGGUUUUGUCAGUUGAUCUAAUGAUAUGUCAUUUUGGAAACAUUCUUUGCUGUGCUGUCAUUAAUUUCUCAUGCAAACCAAACUGGUUAGAUUUUGUUGUCGUUUCUGUUUUGAAGGAUUGUCACUGUUUGCUUGACAUUGCACCCCAUGCCAUCGAACGGCUUCACAGCGUUCACAUCUACCCAAUCGUCAUUUUCAUUCGCUACAAAAAUGCAAAGCAGAUAAAGUGAGUACUAGCCCCCAUUCUACUAUAAAGAAAUAAAAUUGUGUUGCUGUAUUUUGAGACAAUGACCUAACACCACUGCUAUCAGAGUCAUCUGAUUGGCCAAGCUAUCACAUCUACUUUCCCUCAUGGAGUUCCUCUAUUGAAAUGUGAAAGCUCAUGAAUCUUCUUCUGUCUUCUUUAAAAACACCUGUUUACCAAUAACAAUGCUAUCAAUCAAUCAACUGUAUUUAUAAAGCCAUUUUUACAUCAGCACUUGUUACAAUGUGCUUAUACGGUAACUCUGCCUACACCACAAACAGCAAGCAAGCAGCAGCACAUUGGCUAGGUUGGAAAAACUCCUACCAUUACCUCAUCUACUGCCACUCCCCACAAGCUGUUUUCACAGUUACAGUUGUCUAUUUUUGGCUACAUGUUUAAUUGUCUUUCUGUCUAGGCGCACUUUCAUUACAGAAAUUAAACCACAAGUUGAUUAUCUCAGAUUCAUUCCUAUCACAGACACGUUCCAAAACAAAUUAAUCAAAGUGUAAUUCAUCUAAAACGGCCCUAGCCGACACUCCUCUCGGGAUAAUUGUGAUUCAUUAGAGAAGAUCUGCAUUGUUGGUUAAGGGCUUGUAAGUAAGCGUUUCACUGUAAGGUCUACACCUGUUGUAUUCGGCGCAUGUGACAAAUACAAUUUGAUUUGAUUUGAUCUCUGGUUGGUAUUUUCAUUUGUAAUCAGAGGGAAGAUUAAGUCUGCUGAACCAAGCACUGAGGUCCUCUAUGGAUGCGUGUGCACACACACAGACAUGCACACUCUCUCACACACAGACACAAACACAAACACGCCAGCGCUCUACUCUGACCUUUUUUACAAGGAGCACGUGUGCCUAAGUUGAAAAAUGUAGGCGCGCACAAAUACAUUUAGCAGCACAAUGAAAAAUAUUUGGGGUAAUAAAGCUAGAAUCCUUCAUUAUUUUAGGCGCACUGGUGCUACUAAUGUAAACUUCCAGGUCGCACAGCAAAAUAUUUAGGUGCUAAUGCGAAUAAAAUGGUCACACUGUAGAGCCCUGCACGCACACACACUCUCUCUUUCUUUCUCUCUCACUCUUAGACCCUCUCACACACACACUAUCUCUCUCUCACACAUACUCACACACAUUCACAGAGACUAGUGCAGUGCGGCAGUGGACAUGGAGAGGGUCUGAUUGAAGCUAAGCCUUCUCUGUCAUCAACUGAGUGCCAGCUGUCCCUGGGAGGGGAGGGGAGGGGAGGAGAGGCUGAGCCCUAUAGCUCUGUGGCGGGCUGCGGUGGCGUCUAGCUGAGCCGUCCCUGUGACAGAGAGGUUGGAAGCUGGACCUGUCUCUUCCAGCUCUGAGCUUUGUACUGGGGGCUGGUCCUCUCUGUCUCUGAGAGAGAGUGAGAGAGGCUGGAGGUUGGGCCCUACAGUACGCUCCCAGCUCUUUGGCUAAGCCCUCGCUGCUCUCCACUCACUCCACGCCACCAGCAACCAGCAGAGGCCAAUGAUGUCAUAUAAACACGUGAAUAGUAUGUCUAUGGCAGAUGCCUUUGAGAGAGAGAGAGAGAACCAAAUCAUUAACCACUCCCUGACUUUCUAUCCUUUGGAUGGCGUCAUAUAGUCAAUAUGUAGACUGUAGGCCAGGCAGGGAAAGGAAACAGCACUUCUAGGUCAGGAGCAGACAGUUGACAGACCAGAAAGGCUCAUUAGCCCAGUUGCCACCCAGUGUGUCUGUUUUAACUUUGACUGUACUUACCGUUCAUUUGGUACAAUACUAUUACUCAUCAACACUGAAAUUGUAGUGAAGAGCAGAGACAGUCUUUAUUUUUUGUUGUUGCUGUCAUGUUGAUUGACUUCUAGUAAUUUUGUUGCUAUGCCACCACAGUCUCUGUGUGAUAUCAACUGUGUACCAUGUCACCUCUUUUUUAAUGAACUGAAAUAUUUGAUAUUUAAUAUAAUUGUGUCCUUUCCUUCAUUCAGAGAACAGAAGGAUCCUCGAUACUUGUGGGAUAAAGUCUCUCAGAAACAUUCCAAGGAGCAGUUUGAGAUGGCACAGAAAACUGAACAGGAGUACAGCAAGGUCUUUACAGGUUAGUGUUAAAUAAAAAGUGUUAUGUUCAUAUCAUAUAAUAACAUGCUAAUAACAUGUUUCAGUUUGUUGCUAUGUGAGAAGGCCUGUCAUAUGUACCUACAGUCCGGAGUCAGACUCCAGGCCUCGAAUUCAUAAAGUCUCAGAGUAGGAGUGCUGAACUAAGAUCAGGUUUGCCUGUUAGAUCAUAAUGAAUAAGGUUACAUAGACGGAACCAGACCAGAUCCUAGAUCUCCUACUCUGAGACAGUACCGGCCAAGAUUUUAAAACAGUAUUUUUGUGUUGCAGGUAUCGUCCAAGGAGGAAGCCUGUCCUACAUUUGCACUCAGAUCAUGACAAUAGUGGACCAAGAACAAAGUAAAGUCCUGUGGAUUCCUGACAGAGCUUUCUAG